CUCUCUCAAUCAGCUGCACUCUGCCACUCUCCUGAGUAACAUACAUCCCUCCAGCACCAGGACCAUUGUCACCUAUACCUCUUCCAGCCUGGAUAACUUUACCACCCCUGCCAACACCAACUGGGGGGAGUAACUGGCAGAGUCCCUCCAGUACCUGGACUGUGAGCAGCUCUACAUGCAGUGAUUAGCCCCUGCCGGUCCUGGCCGGAGGAUGCUCAGGAGAGACCUGAGGCUGCGCUGGAGAGGUUGUGCCCUCCGCCUGGCCGCCCUGUGCCUGGCUGUCCUGCUCUGUACCCACCUGUCUGCAGAGUUUAGGCGCUGGUCGUGGCCCCCGGGCGAGCUGCUAGAGAAGGUGCAGGUUACCAGCCGGGGACCGGGAGGAGGGGAGCAGGGCAGGAGGAUAGAAGAGGUGCCCAGCAGGAGGCAAGUGAUCUAUGUGAGGAGAAGCAGCAGAGCUGGGGAACCCGGAAAGCAGGGGGGCAGCUCUGCAGAGAGCAGGAGAGACCCCAAGAAGGUCAGUAAUACUUCCACGAAGCAUGGGGCAGGUCUUACUGAGGUGUAAAAUGGCCUAGCAAUGAAAGACCCCCAAACAGUGUUCUUACUGUGAGCUGCUGUGGCAUAUUGCUAUGAUUAAUGCAUUGAGAGAUUUAUCUAACUUCUGUGAUGUAUAAAGUGGCGCAGCGUUCUAAAAGUGUGUCAGUCACCAUGGAAACCAAAAUAGUCAGCAGACACAUUCUACAGACUUCACUUUUACAAGUUUGCCUCACUUUUGAGGUCUCAGCACUUCGAUAACUCUCUAUUAGUGUGGCAGCCUCCUUACCUGUAUAGGAGGUAUAUGUGAAUGUACAUAUAGUCUGUGAUUAGGGGGGUUGGGGGAGAGGGGAUUCCUACAAGGGGUCUAUGCAGUGGCAAUAGCUGUUUGAUAUUUUACUUAACCUGUGUAAACCUAAAUAUAUGUGAACUAGCCCAACCAGAUUGAUUUUAAACACAUUAAAAUCAGGACACUAUUCAAAUCCAGUUGUGAAUACACCUUAACAGGCCAGGGCUUGACAAACUUCUUGCUUGAAUAUAGGUUAAUCAGUCUGUGGCUCAGGCUAAGGAUCACUCAAUCACAUUGACUCACCACUGCCCAAGGUUGGAUUUCCUAAUAGGUGUGGCUGGCACGUCUGGGAGUGCAUCUGUUUGGCUUUGUUGCUCUGCCAGUGAUUGUGCCUACAAGAUAACACUGGAAUACCUUUUGGAUUAAUUGCUAACUACAAGCAUUUUAUGGAUCCACAGGAAAGUAAAGAAUAUGUGUGGUCCAUGGAAUCAGAAAUAUCAUAAUGGUGCAAUAGUGGAGAUACUAACUACCUGGAUAAAAUAUAUUAUCUUCCUUCACCAAACUAGUACUACAAUACAUUCCUACUCACUGUGCAUUAAAGUGACCACUUGCAAACAUUAAAACUGCUAUAGGAGUAGCUCCAUCACCCCUAUAAGGACAUACACACCAGGACUGCACACCAUUGGCCCUGCAUCUGCUUAUUCAAUACUUCUCUUAAUUAUGGAAAGUGUUUUUGAAAAGCCAGAGGGCUAUGGUUGUACUCUCCUGAUCAGUGUUAUUCAUCCAAAAUAACAACUGAGAAGAUGCACGGUUUCUAAUGGAAAGAUAUAGUCACUGCAAACUAUACAAUAUCUAUUAUGGGUACAAUUAAAUUUCCAGGCUCUGUGUUUCUGUUCCCCCACAGUCAAUGAUGUCACUUUUAUUUCACAACAGCUUAUUGUGUCAAAAGACACAUAUUGCAUAAAUCUGUGCCUCGCUGUACCCACACUAUAAUAUCAUCGCUGGUACCAAAAGAGUUCUUUGAGAACACUGGACAUCAAUGAAAUAAUUGCCUUUUACUUACCAGAAUCAGAGCAAGCAAUUACAGUGCACACGUGUACUAACACAUGAUGGAGUAUCUGGAGAAUUAAAAGAAUUUGACAUUUAUUGCAUAGCCACGGUUAACACUCAAGCAGCCAUCACCACAACAAUCCAUUUUACGUCAUUCGGCUCUUUAUCUUAAAUGCCCGAAGGAGCCUAAAAAAUGGGUAACACACAAUCUGAUUUGUUUUUUCCCCAUCAGCUGCGUUUAUUUUCACCGUAAUUGUGCUAGGCAGAGUGUGAUUUGGCAGUUAAAAUCAAAUGUACGAUUAAACUAGAACACCACUAAUUCACGUUAUAGUGUCACACAACAUUCAUUCACCAUUAGAUGCUAACACAUCAGUACUGCACUAUUAUGUUGCAACAUAUCACUGAAUCACUAUUAUAGUGUCACAGAUCAUUCAUUCAACGUUAUACUGAUAUAUAUUACUAAUGCACAAUUAGACUGUCACACAUCACCAAUGCACCAUUGGACUUCUAAACACCAGUAACAAACCUUUAUAGUGCCAUUAUAUUACACUGUUUACAUGCUUAGAUGUGCGACUUGGCAGAGAAAAGUCUGUCUUAUACAAUAUUUUUUCUUUUCUUUCAUUUGUUGUCAAUAAUGCGCCAUUAUACAGCCACAUGCCACUAAUUCAUUCCACACAUCAUUAGCGCCGCAUUAGUCUUCUAAGCAUCACUAAUUAUAUUGGCAAACCACACUACAAUUACAAUUGUGCUGGUAGACUGCAGUGCGUCACUUUUGCAUUGGAUUGUCACUCAUCUAUUAUUAACACAAAAGGUCACCUUACUCCUGGUAUGGCAUAAUAGAAAGACAAUAUAAAUGUGCUCAUGACAUUUUAUUAUAUCCAUGGUUUGUAAAAUGGAUGUUAAUAAGAUAUUGGCCAACAAUAUGCAUUAGGAAUAAUUUGUGAAAUCCCUUGCUUGUGGCUUAUUAGACAGUGCUGGUUGAUACAAAACCUUUUCUUUAACUUCUUACUCUGAUGUUUAUUCAAUAAACAUUUGGGUUUAUUAUCUGAAUAGCUUUUCUUUGUUGACUUUGACUGAUAAAAAGAAUCUCCAAUUCGGGUAAUUUAGAGAGUUCUUCCAACACUACUCUUUUAGUUUCGCAAAUCCAUUCUCUUGGUGAAUAGCCUCCAUGAAGUUUUUGGUUUAAAAACAAACUUGACAAAACACUAAUUACCCAGUUCUGCUGAAUUUUCAACUCAAUGCAACUCACUCAGGCUGAUUCAGUUUUAGCAGCAACAAAGAGUUUAGUUUAGCAGUAUGACGCAGUUCAUAGAUAAUGCGGAGGACAGCAAAGUAUUAUAAUCAGAAAUAAAUCCGCCUGCCCGUUAAACAAAAAGUUUGAAAUUUUUUGAUUAUUGGAUUUUUUGGGGUUAAAAUUUUGGCUUUUACAAAACGUAUUGCACUUUGUUUUUUUUUUUGUUUUUUGUUUUUUCCAACUGCUAGUGUUUGCUAUGGGAAUGGCAAACAUAAUCUUGUUAACAUAAGGUCAAAACACAGACAUAACAAUUGUCAAGGAGAGCAAACACAUAUAAAAUAUUUAUAAGAUUGCUAGAAUUCCCAUGCAGACUAUAAUAGACAGCUACAACACCAGCUAGUUAUUACGUAUAAAAUGUGGCAGUGCUGUGAGUGGAAGAUAAGCAAUGUGCACUGUGCAUUCAUGGAGUUUUAUUUUUAAUAAAUAUGCCGUAGAAGCAGAAUUGGCAGUAUCGUCUCACCAUUUCAUCUUUCCUAGGUUGAUAAAAUGAGUUUGGUAAUAAUUACAUGAAUAUUCUAACAAGGUUUUUCACUAAAGUGAUAAUUCAAAGUGAAUUUCAAAUUUAAGGCCAAAGUCGCUGAACUGGAAUCACAGCUGAAUUUGAGAUUUUUUCCGGUUUUGCAAUUUUGACCUUAAAGGAGAACUAUAGUGCCAGGAAAACAAACAUUAGGUCUCCCCCACGCUCAGGGCCUCUUAAAACUCCUUCAGCAACUAACCUCUCUCCACCCCCUGCCGACAUCAGAUCCGAAUGCGCAUGCGCGGCAAGAGCCACGCACGCAUUCAAACAACUCAUAGGAAAGCAUUACAUAAUGCUUUCCUAUGGACAUCCAGCAUCUUCUCACUGUGAUUUACAGUGAGAAUCGCGGAAGCGCCUCUAUCGGCUGUUACUAGACAGUUACUAGAGGCUGGAUUAACCCUCAGUGAAACAUAGCAGUUUCUCUGAAACUGUUAUGUUUUCAGCUGCAGGGUUAAAACUAGAGGGGCCUGGCACCCAGACUACUUCAUUGAGCUGAAGUGUUCUGGGUGCCUAUAGUGGUCCUUUUACUUUGAUAUUUAAAGUUAAAUUUCUUCUAUAGUGAAUAACCAUUUUAGAUGUAUGUUAAAACUAGUAAGAGCUAACUGUUCUCUUAAAUAAUGUUAUAUUAUUAUUGCUUGAAAAAUGUAAUUGUAUCAAUAGUAUCUGAAUAAGUUGCACAAUUAUUAUUGGGUCAAUCUCUGUAACAUUGGGGAUGUCUCUUCACAGGAUUUUUUUAUAUUCUACAUGCUCAUCCCUGUAUUUUUGAAAUAAGUGUUGUGAAAUGUUUAAGAAAUUUACUUUAAAAAUCCACUCCAGUUUACAGCUGUAAUUAAAAUUAUUAAACACCCAUUUAAAAAUCAGGUUUAUUUUAAAAUUUUACAGACUUUCAGCUGUUUGCAAUGAACAAAUUAAACAAAAACAACUGAAAUAGCUCAACACAAUGAAUGCUUCAAGUGGUUUUCCCAAAUUCAACUGAAAUUGCAACUUAUAAUGACUUCUCCAGUCUUAAAAUUAUUCAAGAGGGCCAAGCAGCAAACGGAUCAGACGUGUAAAUGUGGAGCUCCGUAAGGAAACAUGAACAAACUACCACGAAUAGGGCAAACAGACUCCAUUCCAAUGGCCUGAACCACGUUUCCACCCCAGAGACAGUUAUGGGGUGCAAACAAAAGAAAUCCCGCCCACCAGAAAUGCGCAAACAAGCCGACAUUAGGCUCUCAUUCGAGAGGCCUACACCGCCGGCUCCAAUCAAGAUGGCCCUGGAGGUGUGCACUGAGGAGGAAGCCUCGAAGGACUCUCCAGAUGACAGAGCAAGCCUCUCCUCAUGACCCACAGGGGCCCAAGACCGGGACUUGGAAUCCGACGAAGACUCGUCUCCGGUAACAAAGGUAGACAUCACGGACCCCCUGCAAGAAAUGAGGGAGGUUUGGAAGGCGCAUAUCAAGGAAACACGGAGAGAGAUGGGGGCCCUCCAGGCAAGAAGAGGUAGAUGGUAGAGAGGGAGAUAGGGAUUGCACCCUUCAAGCCACCCAAGACCAAAUGCAAGACCUCUCACAACAGGUCCAAAACCUAAAAAGAACAGUCACAGCGAUAGAAGCAAGGCACAGGAAGCGGAAUGUCUGCCUGCGGGGCAUACCAGAAAGCAUCAAUGGGGAUGACCUGCUGCCAUUCGUGCAGAAACUAAUAGCCACAAUUGGAGUCAAAGGAGACGCUGAUCCAAGCGCACUGCUUACAGCAUUCCGAAUCCGGGAAAGCGGCAGCCGCCCUGGACAACACACCCAGAGACACUAUAGUUGUGACCAGGGAUGUGGCAGUGCGAACCGCAAUACUUUCCCGCUCAAGAGAAAUGCAUACAAUAAGAUUUGAGGGCACACAGUGGCCAUAUACAGGGACAUUCCCUUUGCAGCACUAACAAUGCGGAGGCAACUGGCACCGAUCGCUAAACAUCUCCAAGAGGCAACGAUCCACUACAGAUGGGGAACUGACAGCUCACUACAGGUUCAGAAGAGGGACCAGACCCUAACCCUAACUCCGGCGGAUAGCCAAGACGCUUUCCUCCAACAACUGAACCUUACCACCAGAGACGCUACCCAUAACAGAAGCAGAGAACAAGAGUUAAACAAGCACACAGAAGCGAUCCAACAGAGACAAAGCCGAAACAGAAUCCUGCCUGAUACCCCCUACGAACUAAUGGCCACCACAUAGGUUACACCUUACGCCAACACUUAGAAGAUAAUCACUUUCUCCUCCCACUACCCUUUAGCCAUCCCCUCAAGAGGAGACCAUAUAUUCAACACCCCAUAAGCUCGCACCUGAAAGGCAACCCAACAGUUAUAGUUAUAGUAUGAAGUUCGCUAGGGAGUUAUUAGGUUUUACCACUGUUUAGCACUGUGCAUAUAUCUCCACACUAGCAGCAGAUAGCCAACCUUGUGUCAAACCCCAGAAAGAUGGUGUCACAGUGAACAAUGGACAUACUGGUCAACCGAAAGCUAUGUCAUGCUUAAAGGUAUACUUAGAACCAGAUGUAAUUUUGUUGAGUUGUAAAACUCUAAUAAAAUACAAAUUUAAAAAGAAAAAUUAUUCAAGAAUCUCCCACAACAGCACAAAUAUGCAAUAUUCUAUUUUUUGUUGCACCAGGUGUACUUGAGCUGGAACACUUGAAAUACCUGUACUGGCUAGGGGUUUGUUGAAUGUCACGUUUGACUGCAUGUAAAAAAUAUGGCUUAGUCAAAAUUAUGGUCCACAAAGUUAAGAGAAGUGAUCAUCGCCCUUCAAAAACAGGGAACAGGACACAAAAAGAUAGCAAUGGCACUAAAUGUCCCUAGAGACACCGUUGGAAGCAAAGUCCGCAAGUUCAAAGUUGAAGGGAACAGUGCAAAAGACCACUGACUGUAAAAGACCUGCAGCAAGACUUAGUGGCAAGAGGCACUAAGGUUUCAGUGAGCACAGUAAGGCGCAUACAAAACGCAAAAGGUUUCUAUGCUAGAACUCAAAAACAUACACCACUAUUGACCCUAAAGCACAAGAAAAGUUGUUUCCAGUACGGUCAAAAUACUAGUUUUGGGAUUCUGUUCUGUGGAGCGAUGAAGCAAACUUGAACUUUUCAGCCCAAUGGAUCAGUAGUAUGUCUGGAAGAAAAUGAAUGAAGCAUACACUGAAAAGAACACUCUGCCUACAGUUAAGCAUGGUGGUGGCUCGGUGAUGCUCUGGGGCACUAGAAAUUUGCAGCUUGUGGAAGGCAACAUGGAUUAAUUGGUGCGCGAAGAAAUCCUAGGAGAAAACACAAUGAUCCCAAGCAUACCUCAAAUUUCCUAAGGCUUGGUUGCAGAAGAAGUCCUGGAAAAUUGUACAGUGGCCAUCACCUGACUUGAACCCCAUAGACAAUUUCUGAUGGGAUUUGAAGAAGACAGUUGCAGCACACAAAGCCAAGAAUAUUACAGAACUGGAGCCCAUUUUUAACAUUCCUAAGCAACACUGACUCAAUCUGGUGUCUGGCUAUGCAUCUCAUUUGCAGCAGGUCAUAACAGCAAUGGCUGCACUACUAAGUACUAAAGAUGCUUGCCAUGAAGGAGUUAAAUAAUUUUGAGACGGGAGAAGUCAUUAUAAGUUGCAUUUCCAGUUGAAUUUGGGGAAACCACUUGGAACCUUUUUUGUGUCGAGCUAUUUCAAUUGCUUUUGUUUGAUUUGUUCAUUGCAAACAGCUGAAAAUAUGUGAAUUGUGACAAUAAUCCUGAUUUCAGGUAACUUCAUCUUCUCCAUCUGUCAAUCAUUUUUUAGAACUGUCCUUUGCACCUGGCGGUCAUCACAGAGAAAACCCACCAAGAAGAGGAGAAACUAAAAAAUGUUUCUAUUUCUCUUCCUCUAAUGGAAUGUUUGCAGUGGAUGUGACUGAUUUCAAGUGGAUUUUGUUGUCAUUUUGUUAAAUCUUUAAAGGAACACUCAAGGCACCAUAACAACAUAACCAAAAUUAAGUAGUUAUGAUGCCUGAAGGUCCACAGUGCCGGUUAUCUUUAGGGAUAAAACUGUUAACAAGUGGUUUUCUGUCCGGCACAGUUCAGUUAUGCUCCUUGAUGUCUGUUGCAGUCUGAAUCUUCUAACAGGAAGUCUUAGAUAAGAAUACUGUAACUUCCAAUACACUUAUUUUUCUCAUUCCAUUUAGCAAUGGGGAGCUAUCAACCAAUCAGACUGCAACAGAAUUUUGGACACAGAGCUGACUUCCUUUGGACGUAAGAUUUGGCGGUUUAACAUUCAUUUUAAAUGAAACCUACUUUUUGUGCUGUUGUUAAUUUUAUUUUUUGUAUUGGGGGGUUGGUGUUAUGGGAGGGUAGAAAAAGCUUUACAGCCACUAUACAGUGCUUUGCUAACUCCCCAGUGCUCUCAGCCUACCACUACUCGACAGGUUGACCCAAUUAAUAAUGUAGAAGUGUAAGUAGCACAUUAUGAAGUCUGCUAACAAAUAGAUUGCCAACUCCUAUAAACUCUUUGUAGUGGUUAUGUUACUUUUUGUCACAUGAACAAUUAAAUUGAUGUAUCAUCAAGGCAGUAAAUUUAGUACUAUUACUUUGUUGAUUUAUUGAGUUACUUUCUGAGUUAUUAAUGAUUCCUUAAUCUUUUGGGUAAGACCCACUCCCGAUUCAGGACUUGGUGCAUUAGUGUUUCCCAGAUCACAAUCAUCUCCCCUAUCAUGGUGACAGCACAUUUCAGUGUGAAUAGAAUAAUGCUUGUUACUCUUUUCCUAUGGCCCUCAAAGCACGAGAUCCCUGUAGGAGAGUUCUCCUGCUGGAGCCUGUCACUCAUCCUUGUUCUAUAGAACUGGACUAAAUCAAUUGUUAUAGUAGGCUGCAAAUGCUCUAACUUGUAGCUACUCUACAGUCAUUUAAGACAUGGGGACCCAAAAGGUAUAUUAUUACGUAUUUAGAACUACAACUUCAUAGUGUACAUACACAAUAGCGUAAAUUAAUUUGAGAAUGCUUCAUGUCACAUCUUGUGAUAAUUUUUCAUAUGUUGCUGCUACUCUACUUAAAUGUAUUUUUGUCUAAAGUCAAGUUAUUGAUAAAGUUACUUUGUUUUUGGAAUUGAUAUGGUAAAAUCAUCUUACAGAGAGGGUUGUAACAUAGUUUGCUUGGUGAGUUUCCUAUAAGUUGAACAAAACAUAUAUGCAAAAUGCAUUUCAAUGUCUGGAAAAUGCAGCAGGCAUAACAAAUGUCCAACUCGGUAUGAACAGACUCCCUCACUAGUGCAAAUAAAUAUUAAAAAGUAUUUACUAGGUAGUGGACCUGCUGUUUAUAAGUUAUUUUUUUUACAAGGACCCAGAUUAUGAAUAUGGAAAUAGCUUGGCAAACCAUACUUCAGUUGUGAAAGAAAUUCAGGGACCCUUUGUUAAUUGUAACAUAAUAUAUCAGAGGUAGGCAAUCUUUUGGUGUGCCAGAGUGAUAUGUUGAAGUUUAGUGGAGUGUUGGCUUUCUUUUUUCAAAUUUCAAAUGUUGGUGAUUUUUGUAACUGUGUGGUAUAGCACAUAGUCACAAUGAUCUCUUGUGGUGUGUGAGGGGAGCAGAUCCCUUGCAUCAUUCCCCCCAGUUUGGCACGUCUCAUGUGCUCUGAGACUGAGUUACUCAGAAAUGUCAGAUCGGGAGGGUACCAUUGCACUACAGAGGGGAAUUUGGGAGAUCCUCUGCUGUCCCCAGUAGACCCAUUUAGGUUAAGCUGCUUUGUGAAUACCUCUGUAAGGUAUUCCAAAUAACAUCUUUAGAGUUUAGUGCCACUGAUGAGAUCCGCAAAGGAUGAUUAUGAAAAAAACAACAUCCUUUGAAAAAUGGUAUGCAUCUCAAACAGGCCUAAGGGCCUGAUACAGUGGCCCUUACAAAAGAACAAUGUUUAUUUUCCACAUUGUGUACAGUGAUGUCAUUGGUGUUAAUAAUAAUCAGAUAAGGCGGGUGAAUAACCCACUCUAAACUCCUGUCUCUUUGCUUUGCCAGAUUAUUGGUUUGAUUGUUAAAUUCAGAAAUAUUGGAGAAUAUGCAAUAAUGCCCUGGACCUUACCUGGAACAACAGGCAUAGGAUAUUUAAUAGAAUAGAAUAUAUAAUAUAUAUAAGUAAUUUAUGUGAUACUUUAUAGCAAAAAUGCAUGGUGAACUCCCAGGUCUGGUGCAUGUAAUGUUUUUUGUCCCUAAAUUGUAAUGAAAAAUACAUAUUUAUGGUACCUCAUCUGUUGCCCAGCCUCAAAACAGAUUAGAUUGCAUCCACAUGUCCCGUUUCAUUUUUAUUUCUGCUUAUGAUGAUUUGCAAAAUAAUAUCUCUAAAAUGUUGAAACCACACAAUUUCCUGUCAUAUUCACUAAGUAUAUUGAUACAAAGGAAUUAUCAAGGUUAUCAAAAUAAGUAAAUUUUCCCUAUGACAUAAUUAAAUUAUCUAAUGUGUACAAUUUGCAGAUGUGGGCAACAAUUCUAGUAUGUUUAAUCUGCAGCCAACUUUUGUUUAAAAUUAAAUUUUCCAUUAAAAUGUUCUGAUAAGCAAACUGCCUGGGGUUUUAUAUUUGAAGAAAUAGUUUGCGGUAGAACUUCAUAAGUUUAUCUGUGUUCCUUUUGGAUUUGAUUAGUAAGCAGCAAAUGUGUCAUGAAUCAGACUGCUUGCACGCAGAAUAUUUUCUUGCAAUACUGUAGAUACUAUUCUCUUUUGUACUCUUUCUGGUCGUUUGGCUAGCACAUAAAUAGCUUGCAGAAGAUACUGCGUCAGUUUUCUCAUGACUGGUUAUCACAAUUUGUGAUGGUUAGUUUUUUACUGGUAAUAAAAUAACAUAUCAUCUGAUCUGACUAAGAGAUUUUAAAGCAAACCUGUAAUGUAAUUUUUUACUUACCUCACCGUCGUUCCAGCCCAGCCAUGUCUUCAUCUUUGUGGGUGUUAUUCUUUCACCCUUUCUUCCUCCAGUAUCUUCAAUGGUUUGCACUGCUCAUGGCAGGGUUAGCCAGAACUAGCUAGGAAGCUAUCCUAGCAACCACAGUGCAUGCGCAGAAGGACUACAUGAGAGAGGUCUUUUAUACUUACCAUUGGCAGUCAAUUCUUCUUGACUUGCAAGGAGAAAAAAAUAUUUUUAAAUGUGUGCUUGCACAAUAUUUUGACAGAAUGUUAUUCUAUUUCAAAAAACAUAAAUUAUAGGAGGCAUGCACACCUCUCAACUUCCUGAGUUGGGAUGUGUGAGCAGAGUCUUCAGGAGGCAUUGCCAGUGAUGUGAGCCGCAUCACUAGCGAUACCCACAAUGGGUGGGGGACACGUGCAAAAGAAGUGGGUCGGCCACCUGACAGGUAGCCUGGCCCACUCCUGGCUAUCAGGACCAUGUCCACUUCACAGCACAAGUGAGUCUAAUAAUAUGCUCACCCACAGACACUUCCACAGAUGCCACCAGACACCAGGGAACUAAAGCAGAGUGGCGGGACAGCAUCCAAUAGAGGGACAUUUGGGAGGCAUAGGAAUGUUAGGUACCAUUCAAUUCCUCUCUGUCUGGAUACCUAUAAAUCCAAUGAUUACCUCAAUUAUUCCCGAAGCUUAUUUGUGUGUUGCCAUUUAUUAUUAAGAAACAUGGAAUAAUGUCUCCUUAACCGUAUAGUUGCUUUGUUGUAUUACCUCAAUAUCUGCUAGUUCACUAAAUAAGUAGCCACUGUUUUAAUUAACUUAUUUCCAUCCUAUAGGAUAAGCGUGGCAGUGAGAAUGCAAAUAGACCACAUUUCUCUUUUAGAGAAUCAGAUCAAAAUAGUAAAUAUAGUCGAAAAGCAUUUGUAGACUCUGACUGUUCUUAAUUCAGGUCUUUGUGACCUUCACGCUCAGUGACCUAGACUUUCUUCUUCAAGUCAUUUAUUUGGCAUAUCUUAACAGGGAAACAUAUCGGCUAGAUCAACUUUUGUCCUUUAAUACUGGUUUAUGUGGCUUAGGUACUUUUUUAUGGCAUCCAUAGUUUUGGUUGGAGUUAGAGGUAAAUCCAUUGCUAGAAACUCAUGAGUGAUUUCAUUGUUCACAUUCGUUUUAGAGAAGGUUUAGAUCCGUGGAGCACUGCCAGAGAGCUAAGCCGAGCAAGCUUAAGCAGAUGGAAGGCUUGAUUCCAGAAACAAUGCAACCAAAAAGCAGAAUAUUGAUACAGAGCAGCAACUGCAUGGAAUAAAUCUAAAACAUACAAUUUAACCUCUUUAAGACUGAGGUUUUCCCUAUUUUUGUGUUAAUACUCAAAAAAUGUUAGGGUUUAUUAAAAGAUUUAUUCCACUGUAAUCUCACACUUUCUAAUGAAAGGAAGGAACACAAUGAGCUAUCAUAAGCAAUACAGGCGUGCCAAAGCGCCUUCUCAGAUUGAGUAUUCAAUUUGGGUGCCCACCGCCUUCCCUAGUGCUGGAGCUCCUACAAGGAGCUUACAUUAGCUUCACUGAGCUAAACCUUACAAUGAAGGGCCAACUCAUUGGCUCAGAGUGGCAGUUUGAGCAUGACCCUGCAGUGUUUGAUCAAGCAUACUAUAUCUAUUCAUACUCUGUGUCUGGUAUAUAUAAAAAAAAUAUAAAAUUUAAAAAAAAGGAACAUUCUAUUAACCACUAUAGCUCAGUGAUCUCUGCUAAGCAUCAGUAAAUGCUGUCCACCCAUUUUCUUCAGCCCAAUGGUCUCAAGUUUGAUAAAAAUUCAUAUUAAAUAUGCAGAAAUAUCAAUUCUGUAUUAUCAAGGCGACUGAAGAGAGGUUGAAUUCUGGGUAGGAAAAGCUCUUUUUUUGUUAAACUGUUCCAAAACUGUUGACAAAAAAAAAUCAGGGGCUGUUGCAGUACCCAUAGAUUCUCGGUCACAUAACCACUGCACUGAGCCAUAGUGGUUAUGUUACUUAGAUUGCAAUUAAUGAUUGAUACAUGGAAGGUUUAACUUGAUGAUGGGUUUUUUUUUGAGUCCUGAUUUUGUGAGUGUCUUUUACAUCUAGGAGUGCGAUCAAUUUCUAGCAACUAAAAGUAUGUAAAAUUUGCUAUGCUGGAACUGUCUGUUUAAAACUGCUACACAAAAGUAUAUAUUUUAAGAAACUAGGCAGCCCAGCAUAUUAUAUUAAGGGACAAUUUGACAUAUUAUAUGUGAUAAUUUUAUUUCAAAAUUCUACCAAACUUUCUGGUUGUAUUUUCUUUCUAUUGUGCUUACAGAUAACAUUGUAUUUUUGCUAUGACAAUUAUACAUUUCACUUUGUAUCCAUAUUCCCUGUGUACAGCAAUAUUUUGACAGGUUAAUUACUGUCACUAUUGGAGCAGAAUAGUCAACUCCUACUGAAAAAAGCAACAUCAUGGUAUAUUGCUAGUCAAAAAAGCAGGGCCGGUGCAAGGACUUUUGCCACCCUAGGCAAAUAAAAAUUUGCCGCCCUCCCCAUCACAAUGCCCCACCCAUAUGAUCUGCCAUAUGAGCGAACAUCAGUUCUGCACACAGUGUCUUUUCUCUGAAAAGGCAGUGUGUUUACAUUAAAAAGCCUGCAGGGACAGGCUACAGACACCUUCUGGUGUAGAUGGUUUUGGUGACUCUAGUGGCCCUUUAAUGUGAGGUAAAUUAGGGAUUAAUGUCACUAAUAAUAUACUGGUUUGCCUACUUACCACCAGAUGAGGACAAGAGGAUGAUGAUGGGCACAGGCUGCAGUCUGGCGCCACUGGUCUGGAGGCAGUUCUCACAAAAACAACGAACAGGAAGCAUCUCCAUUUUUUUUGGCCCCCUUACACAGAUCACGGUCUGGGCCCCCAGUGCCUGACCGUGAGUAUUCCUACAAGACCCUGAUGCCUACAAGACCCACCCAUGUGUUUUCUCACAGGGAGUGGAGUGUAUGUGUGUAGGGGAUGUGUUAUGUGUCAUUGUAGAGGAUGUAAUGUGUGUGUGUCUUCUUAUGGAAUGUAGUGAAUAGGGAUACCAGUUUGUGUAAAAAAUUUAGUGGGUGUAUAGGAGAUGCAGUGUGUGUUUGUGUGUAAAUAAUGCAUUAUGUGUAUCUCUGUGUGUGUGUGUGUAAGGAAUGCAUUGUGGGAAUCUGUGUUUGUAUGUAUAAGGGAUGCAAGGUGUGUUUCUGUGUAUGUAACGUAAUGCAGUGUGUGUGUGUGUGUAAAAGAUGCAUUAAGAGAAGCUGUGUGUGUGUGUAAGGGAUGCAUUGUGUGCUUCUCUGUAUGUGUGCAAGGGCUGCAUUGUGUGUGUGUGUGUUUGUGAGGUAUGCAUUGUGUGUGUGUAAGGGAUGCAUUGUGUGUGUAAUGAAUGCAUUGUGUGUUUCUGUGUGUGUAAGGGAAGAAUGGUGUGUUUCUGUGUGAGUGUAGGAUGCAUUGUAUAUUUCAGUGUGUGUGUGAGUAGGGAUGCAUUCUGUGCAUGAGUGUUUCUGUGUCUGUGUAAGGAUGUGUGUAGUGUGUAUUGUGUAUGUGUGUAGUGUGAAAGAGAGGGUUUGUGGGGUAGGAUAGGGGCUGAGAGGGUAGCAGCUCUAUUUUUAUUAUUAUAUUUAUUUUGUUAAUGUAAUUUUUUUGUAUAUUUUUUCUUUACGUUUUGUGUCUUACACUCCCCUUUAGUGUAUAUCUUACAAACCCAUAGUGUGUCUCUUAUCCCCCCUCUUUGUAUGUCUCCUACAUCCUCCCAACCCCUUUAUGUGACUUACUCCCCCAAGCCCCUUUGUGUCUUACUUUUCCCAGCUCCUUGGUGUGUCUCUUUUCCCCCAGGCCCCUCUGUGUGUCUCCCUGAAAAGCGACUCUGUGUGUCUCUCUCCUGAGCACCUUAGUGGUCUCUCCGUCUCUCCUCCUCUCCCUCCCCUCCAGUGUCCCUUAGUGAUCUCUCUUCCUCUCCCUCCCCCCAGGGUCCCUUAGUGGUCUCUCCUCCUCUUCCUCCCCCUAGUGUCCCUCAGUGCUCUUUCCAACCCCCUCCUCAGUGUCCCUUAGUGGUCUCUCUUCCCCCUCAGUGUUCCUGGGUGGUCUCUCCUCCUCUCCCUCCCCCCCGUGUCCUUUAGUGGUCUCUCCUACUCUUUUGGACUGAAUUGCUAGGCCUGUGUCUCAUUUUGGUGGACCAUCAGGCCGCCAAACAUGUUUUAAGUACUGGCUGUCAAAAGUUAGUGGGAUAAAAUAAGAGACUGGGGAAGGAGAAGUAAUGGGAAGGAAAAGGUUCCUUUAAAAGUUUAAAAGUUUAAAAGUUAAUAUCUUUGCAGCCACACAGUCCUAUAUGAUGUGCCACUUGAUUUUGUCUCUCAUUAGCUCAGAGCAAAGGAUGGAUUUUUUUCAUUUAGGAAGAAGCUGCCAGUGUGACAUAUGUAAAAAAGUAGCAGAGCCAUGCUGAAGCUGACAUUCUGAGUCAAUAAGCUGGCCCUUCAUGGCAAAUUAAUUAAUGACAAAUAUCUCAGCCAAUCUAAUGCUUCAUGUUUGGUAAGUCUUGGUGGUGUACGCACUAGGCCUAUCAAAAGUUAGCAUCUGCUCAUAGAUGUCCAUCAUACUUAAAGGACCACUCUAGGCACCCAGACCACUUCAGCAUAAUGAAGUGGUCUGGGUGCCAGGUCCAGCUAGGGUUAACCCAUUUUUUCAUAAACAUAGCAGUUUCAGAGAAACUGCUAUGUUUAUGAAUGGGUUAAGCCUUCCCCCUAAUCCUCUAGUGGCUGUCUCAUUGACAGCCACUAGAGGCGCUUGCGUGCUUCUCACUGUGAUUUUCACAGGAGAGCACGCAAGCGUCCAUAGGAAAGCAUUAUGAAUGCUUUCCUAUGUGACCAGCUGAAUGCGUGCGCAGCUCUUGCCGCGCGUGCGCAUUCAGCCUAGGAGGAGGAACGGAGGAGGAUCGGAGGAGGAGAGCUCUCCGCCCAGCGCUGGAAAAAGUUAAGUUUAACCCCUUCUCCCCUUUCCAGAGCCGGGCGGGAGGGGGACCCUGAGGGUGAGGGCACCCUCAGGGCACUAUAGUGCCAGGAAAAUGAGUAUGUUUUCCUGGCACUAUAGUGGUCCUUUAAGAUUGAAGGAUCACAACAGGAAGUACCUCUAGUGACUGGCAGAGUUAAGUUUUUUGCAGAACAGGCAUACACUUCUGAAACUUAAUGGGCAGUCUCUAAGGCCUAGAACCACUACAUUAGGCUAGAGCAGUGGUUACCAAACCAGUCCUGUAGGCACACCUACCAGUCCAGGAAUUUGGAAUUACCCAGUUGUCAAGGUGUUUUUUUUUCUUUCUAAAAGCACAUUGGACACAACUGGAUAAUAAUCCCUAAGUCCUGUACUGGUAGGUGUGCCUUGAGGACUGGUUUGGAAACCACUGGGCUAGAAUGUCCUUUUAACAUGCAUGUGCACUUACACGAUAGUUAACAAAAUGACAUUAUUUACAUGAAUCCAGAGCUUCUGUUCCUUAUUCCCACACACUCAAUUCUCUGUUGGCCGUACUAGUUCAAGUUAGGAGUGUGGUACUCCAGUAUUAGUAGACUACCAGAUCAAGAGCUAUGAAGAUCAUAACCACAGGGAUACAAGCCAGGGUUAAAAUUAAAAUGGCAAACAAAAUGCCACUUUGCUAGGAAUUCCCAGUCAUAUAAGAGUUCCAUUGGAAGAAUGGUAUGCGUUUAAUUCGUGUCAUCAUCUUGAAUUGUUACUGUGUCUUGAAAAGACAAGAGUCCAACUGAUGCUUCCCAGCAGAAACUUAUAAAGACUUUAUGUAUUAGAAGUAAAUGUGGAUUGAGAGAGAAAACAUGUCCACAACAACUGUUUGAGAUAUACUGAAAUUUAAAAACUUUUUGAAGUUGAACGUAGAAUUGGUUCUCCCCAACUACUUCCUCUUUGAUGCUAAAUUUUACUUGCCAGGGGUCAAGUUGGAUCUCCAAACACAAAAGAGUGUCUGGAUCAUUGUCACAGUGUGACUAUAAAUAUACUGUCAGUUACAAGAUCUGCUCGGAAAAGUUCUCAAGUAACGUGCAUUUAUUUAAAUGUCUAUUUAAGUCUGCAGUUCCUGAAUAUUCAUUGACAGGAAUCCUCCAUAAUUACAGCUCAAAUUACAAACAGCUUUAAUGAACAAAUAAAGAAAGGGUUGGCUGGUGAAAGCCAAUAAAACCCCCUCAAGGGACUGGCGAAGAUACUAAUGCAACAGGGUAAUGUCUGCCAAAAGCAAACUUGAUUAGCUGCUGGAAAGAAUAUGUGCCCAACUUGGCACAGUUACGCCGUCACCCAGCUGGGCAUCACAGUGCAGGGGAGAUUUAAUAAACAGGAGAACAAGAAUGAAAUUCCCAUAAAUCUUAAUAAUUCAUAUGUUUUAUGUGUUUUACACAGAUUAAUUGAAUAUAAUAGUGUAUACAUAUCCCUUCAAACAUGUUAUUUAAUAUUUUCCAUGGCAUUUAUUGUGACAAUAAAACAUUGUGGGUUUUUUUGUUGGUCACUGAAGAUUAUUAUUACGAACAGGCACAAUUAUUCUGAAUUGGCACAAUUAAAAUAACAUAUCCUGCUUUAAAAAAACAACAAUGUGCAAUGUUAAUUAUUGCCAACCAGGCACAGAUCUAUGAGCAAAUUGCCAAUAUAAUGUUUCUAUGUAAAUGUACCAAUCUAACCCUGCAUAAUAUAUUUAGCAUUUUUGUAGUCUAUGUUUAAUCACUCACAGUAACCACUUAGAACCAAGACUGAUAAAAUUGAUAAAACUCUAUAUUCUGGAUUUCCAGACUCUGUACUGGAUAUUUGCAUUAAUAUAAAUUUUAAGAGCAAGAGCAUGGACUGAUAUUUGGAUGGUGGAAGGCCAUGCAAUGCCUUUGCAAAAAAUAAUUGUUUGUUUAUGAGUGAUCCCCAAAAACUAAACAGAACCUUGAAUUAGGACAUUAUACACAACACAAAUUCUUAGAUAAACAUAGAAAGAAACAAUGUAUGUGAACACCCACCACAGUGUAAUAAGUGCUUAAUUUAUAUCAACAGAAAGGAACUUUCCUGUAUAGGAUAAGUUUUCCAGUAGUAUCCCAAAAGACUUCCUCUUGUCUUCCACACAGCACAAGCAAAAAAGGGGGAUGAUCUGCUGAACCAAUCAUAAAUAAAACAACAUAGCGUAUAACUGUGUAUGAUGACAAAUUGUAGAAGUUAUAUUCACAAAUGGCCACUCACACUUUUGCUGAAGUUUGCAAGCCUUGAAUAUUUUCCUUUUCAAAAUAGGAAUUCCAAAUCCUCUGUCUGGGUUAAAAUCUCCAUAGAUAUAUUGGCAUGUAUGUGCUCAGGAAAGAAAUGUAUAUAAAAGAAUAUAAGAUGCACAUUCAGAGUGAAGUACAAAAAAGUAUUUAAUAACUUACAUCAAAAUAUAAAAUCAUCAGUGUAGUCCCUUUAUGUCACCACCAGGGGUCCGUAUUCUGAAUUGGCACAAUUAAAAUAACAUAUCCUGUCUUAAAAAAACAACAAUGUGCAAUGUUAAUUAUUGCCAACCAGGCACAGAUCUAUGAGCAAAUUGCCAAUAUAAUGUUUCUCUGUAAAUGUACCAAUCUAACCCUGCAUAAUAUAUUUAGCAUUUUUGUAGUCUAUGUUUAAUCACUCACAGUAACCACUUAGAACCACAACUGAUAAAAUUGAUAAAACUCUAUAUUCUGGAUUUCCAGGCUCUGUACUGGAUAUUUGCAUUAAUAUAAAUUUUAAGAGCAAGAGCAUGGACUGAUAUUUGGAUGGUGGAAGGCCAUGCAAUGCCUUUGCAAAAAAUAAUUGUUUGUUUAUGAGUGAUCCCCAAAAACUAAACAGAACCUUGAAUUAGGACAUUAUACACAACACAAAUUCUUAGAUAAACAUAUCCUGUUGUAGCCACUUAAGUGCUUAGUAGUGUGUGUAUGUGUGGGGGGAGUACAUUGCAGAAAAAACAUCCAGCCACAUUACUUGCUGGAGUGCUUUAUCCAUCAAGUGUGUCCUCUCUAAUUUUAAUUUUACAAAAAAGUGCAGAUUUAAAAAGAAAAUGUCACUUUUAUAAACUAAACUUGUUACACCCCCUUGCCUUUUAGUCAGACAACUGGUCUUGUUACUUCCUGGUUUAUUUAGCUCAGUGGUGCUAAGGCCAAGUGGCAAGCAAUUGCCCUGUACACCUGCCUUCCAAAGACUUCUCAUGGGGGUACUGUCAGAGUAUUUAUAUCGGCAGACAUCUUGUGCUAUGAUAGAAAUUAAAAGUGUAUAUUCUGAGUCACUAUGAACAGACCAUACUCCAUUUUGUUAUUUUCAAGUUAACAAAGAGACACAAAAUUUCUAUCCUUUCUGUAAAACUAACCACUUUGCCCGAGCUAAAGGAAUGCAUAGUAUAUACAAACCAAGUGAUAAGGAGAAUGGGGGUUGGACAGACUGUCUAAAAUGUUAAUGGAAUAGAUGCAUUCUAAACCCAGACAUUUGUGACAGAGGAGAUUAAAUAAUAAAAUUUUACUUUCUAUAUGUACAAGACCCCAUUGUAAGUUUAAGGUGAAACAUAGUUCAUGAACUGCCAUUUUGGAAAUUAUAGCAGGAAUUGCGGACACUAAGUCUGGACAAAACUUAAAGAAACUGUUUGAAGUGACAUCAAAUCUAAGUUAUAGCAAACAUAAAGAUAACCCAAAUGACGUCAAAAUAGCCACCAGGAAAAGUUAACUCUUUCCUGGAUAGGUAUGUUUAGUGGGACAAGACUGCCCUCUAUAGACCAAAUACCUAAAUUGCGAUCCCUAGGUAAGCACACCUCUAGUGCUUCUAUUGGGUUAUCAACUGAUGACGUACAGAGAGUCUGGCCCUUUAAAAAUGAUUCAAAGGAGAAAGAAGAGGUAGACGAGGAAUGCAAGGGUAUGCAAAGAAAGCAAAGAAGUGAGCAGUCGGAAGCAAUGCAGAGAGGCCUAUGACAGAUAUCCACUCUAGGACACUCAGAAAUUCCUACACACCUCCAUGCAGAGAGACAUCCAAAUAAGUUCCUGAGACUACCUACCAAUCUGAGGAAAUAUCUACUCAACUGGUAAUUAUACUGGUUUCAUUUAAUUAAUUAAAUUAAUUAAAAUGUACUAAUAGCGUGAUAUAUGACUGGAUAAAUCACGGUCAGAUUUCCAUAUUUAAGAAAUCUUAGUUAACUAAAGAAUAUAUAGUUAUAAACAUUCCAUUCUGCAGGUGGAAUUAAGAAUAAUUAUAUAUUGAUGUGAUAUUAUCACGUGUUAGCAUACCGCUGUUUUUAUCCAGGUGUAUUGAUUUGCUCUAAUAUAAGAUAAGAUAUCUUUUAGACAAAUUAAAAUCUGCUUAUAUAAUCAUGGUAGAUUCUCUUAUUGGAUGGUUCCAGGAAAUGACUAAUGAACUGGUUUAAAUGUUAUUUUAUUUAAAAUUACAUAAGAAUAGAUCUUAAUUACCUAGGAGAUCUAGCCAGCAUUGAAAGAGUUAUUCUAAUUGUUAGCCAGGGUUUUAUGGCCCUUCACUGUGAAAAGCUUCAUUUUCUCUCUGUGUAAGGAUACCUCAUAAAUCGUGUAAGCCUUGACAGAAAAUGCUGUUUAGCCAUUGAAAUGUGUAUACCCAUUCCAUUGUAUUGCAUAUCAUUUUAUACUGGAUAUUCAUUGAUUAUUGUCACGCAUGUUACAUAAUAUUAUUUGUUAAUUAUUGGUUAUUAUAAAUAAAUCUAUUUUUAUAAUAUUGUGAUUUUAUUAUAUGAAAUACUUUUCACUUACGAUAACGAUCUUUGGGUCUGAGAAUUGAAUUAGUGGACAAUUCUCACUGUUUACUAUUAUUAUCCCAUAAAUAUCCCCACAGUACAUUGUCAAGUCUGUGAUUGCACAGACACAGAAAAAGUGGGCUGUGGAAGAAGAGUUGGGGGGCUUCAAAGGCUGCAAACAAGAGAUCUGCAGCUUUUGCAAGCUUUGUUUUUUUUUCACAAUUUUCGGUGAAAAAGUGCAUGUUAUUUAUGCAGAGUUCAUUUGACUUGGAUUAAGAACUGCUCAAGUCUUCAUCAGACUUAAUCUGAUUUGGUGCAGGUUUAACCAUGGGUUUACUUACCACCAUGGGUUUACUUACCUCCUGCCAAUCACAUGUUGUCCCGAUUCGGUCCUGUGAAUCCUUCUCUCAUCCUUCUCUUCUGGACACUGAAUGCCAUCCUUCUACAUUUUCUUAUGGCAGGAUACUUGUGUCUCGACAUCAUUUAAAUAAAUAACGUGUAUCCACAUCAUUCUCGGGGGCAUGGCCAUGGCAAGCCACUUAAAUAGACACCAACACCAGUGUUUCUUGCCUUAUUGUGGAUCCUUGACCCCUUUAGUGUCUUUAUAUAGUUCUUUACUGUGAUUUUGACCUGGCUAAUUGACCAUUCUGAUCUCUGUUAACCUUGACUUGGCUUAGUUUCUAAUUGACCUGUUUUCUGAAAUCCCUUGACAAUGGCUAGUUAUUCUAUUAGUCUGUCUUUCAUGAAACUUGGCCACCUCUUAGAACCGGUUCAUACACUGCGUGUUUGGGUUACGAUUACCAUUACACCGGGUUAAAAAUACCUCUAGUGGCUGUCUUUCUAGUGGCCAGUAGAGGUGCUUCCCUGUGAGAUCCAAGUCAAAAACGGUUCUCAAUCAAAUGCUGCUCCUAGAGGAUCCCAGGAAGCAUUGGAUUGGCUGAGAUCCUCAAUCUUGAUGAUCUCAAUCAGGGAGGUGCAGCGACUGUGGCAAGACCAAUGUGGUAAGGGAAGAUAAGUAUAUAAAACUUAUCUUUCAAACGAUCACAGGGGUGGGGAGGACAACAUUAAAUUGAUAGAGGAACACAAUAGCAUUGAGAAUACAUGUUAGUAUGCCUAAUGCUAUAGUGUUUAAUGUAAAUAUUACAUGACUAAACAGCCUCAUGCUACAUAACUAAUCCCUAUUCCAUGCUUAAUAAUCUCAAGGAACAAUAGAAAACUAUCUGUUGAUGGAUUUUUUUUUAUCCAAAAGCAUUUUAUUAAAAGAAAUCGAAUUUGAAUAAAAAUAAAAUAAACAACAAUCCUUAUUAUUAUUUUUUUAAAAUCAGUGAUUUUUUUUUAUACACAAAUUAUAACAGAGAAACAAUCUGUCAGAAAACCAGAAUCUGAUAUUAUGUAAAUCCCACUAUUCCCAGUAUCUGUUUUACAUCCAUGUCCCCUGGGUUCAAAUGCACCUAUCUUUGUGUUAUCAUUACGUUAUAAAUGGCGACAUGCCCAUUCCUGAAAAUGCAUUCCAUAAACCUCAACUAUUUGAAAAUUAACCAAGUGGAAAAUGAGCUUGAUGCCUAUAGAUAACUUGGCAUCUUGAAACAGCUGUACACAAUGUAUUUCAAUAAUCUGCUACAAGGGGAGUGUUGUGGUAAAUACGUUACACACAGGAAUAUCUUGAUAUGGCUAUUUAUAUAAGCAAUAUUCGUUUUUGUUGUCCUCUUGUUGCCCAUUUCCGUUGAAGGGUAAUUUAGAAAGAGAAAAGUUCAAAGACUGUGAGUAGAGUCACUAGAGUCAGAUAACAUCAUAAUACUAGCUGAUGGUCAUUUGAUGAAAGUGAAGUGUGGUGUAAAUAUUACUUGGAAAAAUCUUAUGGUAUAUAGAAAUACUGAUUUGUGCAGCAUUGGGUCAUACAAAGUGAGUGAGGUUAAUGUGAGGCUAAUGUUUUGCCUAAUUAUAGUGUGUAAGUCUAUUCUAAUUUAAAGGGACACUAUAAUCAUCUAGAGACCACUUUAUCUCAAUGAAGUGGACUGGGUGCAGUUGUCCUGUCCUCUUAAACCUGCAACAAAAAGUAUUGCAUUUUUCUAGAAACUGCAAUGCCUUCAUUGCCGGGUUAAGUCCACCUCUAUUGGUUGUCAUACUGACAGCCACUAGAGCUCCUUCCACUGCACUGAUCAAGUGAAACUUGGUCACUUGAUGUGAAAGCCCCCGUAGGAAAGUAUUGAUCCAGUGCUUUCCUGUGGGUAAACUUGGAUGUAUCUGCGGUGCUUACCAAUGCUCGCGGGAGUUAGAGAGCUGAGCAGCGACAAGGGAAUUUCAGCGCUGGAAAAAGGUAAGUAAACCUUUUAUUUUAUUUUUUUAAGUUUCAUGGAGAAAAGUAGCUAUGUAGAUCUAUUGACAGGGACACUAUAGCGUUAGGAAUGGAGGUUGAGAGAAUUUAUUGCAGUGAUAACCAUUGAUUUACCAUGAGUUAAUAUAGGAACUCUAAUUGUGUCAAUUUCCAGGGAGUGACUUAUUCUUGGAGUCCCAUGAUGUAUUAGCAUUUGCUAAAUUGUAAUAUUGUUUGCGUUGUGUUUUUUGUUUUUUUGCUCUGCAUCUUUCUCCUGCAGCCACAUGUCAUAAUACAACAGGUGUCACAUAUUGUGAGUCAAGUGAAUUGUUUUCAUCUUAGAAUAUUAACUUCUAGGGACCUCACAAUCCACUCACAGGAACCCAGUGGCUUCAGCUGUGAAUAGUUACUUGUGUUUCUAAUACGGAUCAUAACCUCUUGUCAGAAAUGCUGGUGGAAGCAAGCUAGGAAAGAUAAAGCAUUCGUGUGACCCAACUAGUUUUUGUGUGAAGCUAGCAGGCUGUCUGUAUCUGAUAGGGACUGUCAUAUCCGGACAUACAGAGAAAGCUAUUAUCCUGUGCUAUAUUCUUCCAUAUUGAUUAGAUGUGUUGAUUAAUUGUAUAUGAUACGUUUGUUUACCUCUUUUUUUAUUGGUGGUCUUUCUUUCAGUAUGUUUUCCAGUCUAGAUUUGUUCUCCUAGUCUGUUUGAGCUGUUAGCCAGUGGUUCUGGUGACUAUAGUGUCCCUUUAAUGUGAGGUAAAUUAGGGAUUAGUGCCAAUAAUAAUAUACUGGAUUGCCUACUUACCACCAGAUGAGGACAAGAGGAUGAUGAUGGGUUCAGGCUGCAGUCUGGCUUCACUGGUCUGGUGUUAAAACAGGCUCUCCUGAGGCAGUGCUCACAAAUAUCAACGAACAAGAACCAGCAUCAUGUUUUGGGGUCCUUACAGGGCCUGACUGUGAGUAUGCCUACAAGGCCCGCCCACAAGCCUUAUGCCUUCAAGGCCCACCCAUGAAUUCGCUCACAGGGAGUGGAGUGUAUGUGUGUAGGGGAUGUGUUAUGUGUUAUUGUAGAGGAUGUAAUGCGUGUGUGUGUUCUUAUGGGGUUAAGGGUCACACACACACACACCGAAACAUACAAUGCAUCCUACACUCACACAGAAACACACCAUGCUUCCCUUACACACACAGAAACACACAAUGCAUCCAUUACACACACAAUGCUUUCCUUACACAUACACAAUGCAUACCUCACACACACACAAUGCAGACCUUGCACACAUACACAGAAGCACACAAUGUAUACCUCUUUUUUAUUUGUGGUCUUUCUUUCAGUAUGUUUUCCAGUCUAGAUUUGUUCUCCAAGUCUGUUUGAGCUGUUAGCCUGUGUUCUACAUUUAACUAGUUGUGUAAGGGAUGUUGUAUGUGUGUAGGGGAUGCAUUGUGUGUUUCUGUGUGGGUGUGUGUAAGCGAUGCAUUGUGUGAAUCUGUUUGUAUGUGUAAGGGAUGCAAGGUGUGUGUUUCUGUGUAUGUAUGUAUGUAAUGUAAUGCAGUGUGUGUGUAAGGGGUGCAAUGAGUGUGUGUAAGAGAUGCAUUGUGUUUCUCUGUGUGUGUAAGAGAAGCAGUGUGUGUGUGUGUGUGUGUGUGUGUAUAAAGGAUGCAUUGUGUGUUUUUGUAUGUAAGGGAUGCAUUGUGUGCUUCUGUGUAUGUGUGCAAGGUCUGCAUUGUGUGUGUGUGAGGUAUGCAUUGUGUAUGUGUAAGGAAAGCAUUGUGUGUGUGUAAUGGAUGCAUUGUGUGUUUCUGUGUGAGUGUAGGAUGCAUUGUAUGUUUCGGUGUGUGUGUGUGUGUGUGUGUGUGUGUGACCCUUAAUGAUCUCUUUCACUCCCUCUGUUUCUUAGUUGUCUCAUCUCCUCUUCUCCUCCUGUCCCUUAGAGGUCUCACCUCCUGUACCUUGGAACUCUCCCCUCCCCUUCUAUCCCUUAGUGUUCUUCCCUUCCCUCCUGUCGCUUAGUGCUCUCUUAUCCCCUCCUAUCCCUUAGUGCUCUCCCAUCCCUUAGUGAUCUCCCCUCCCCACCUGUCCCUUAGUGAACUCCCCCUGCCCCGUCCCAUAGUGUUCUCCCCUGCCCCCCUUUCCCUUAGUGCUGUCCCAUGCCCCCAUGUCCCUUAAUGCUCUCCCCUCCCCUCUCCUCCUGCCCUUUAGUGCACUCCCCUGCCCCCUAUCCCUUAUGCUUUCUCCUUGACCCUUAGUGCUCUCCCCUGCCUCCCCUUCCCAUAAUGCUCUCCCCUGCCACCCCUGUCCCUUAGUGCUCCUCCCCCCAUCUUUCCCUUAGUGGUCAUUCCUCUUUCCUCCAGCCCCCCCCCCAGUGUCCCUUAGUGCCGUCUCCCCUCCCUAGUGUGCCUCCUACCUCUUUGUAGCGUGUCCAGGAAACAGAUGCCAGCCACGCUACACUGAGUGACUGUCAGGAGGGAGUGCUGUGCGCUUCCCUCCUGCCAGGUCACUCAAAUCUUGCAUCCCCCCGAGCCGGUGCGCCCUAGGCGACUGCCUAAGUCGCCUAUAGGAUGCGCCGGCCCUGUCCUUGAAAGAUCCUACAAGAUCACGGACAUCAGUAAUAGUUCUAAAUCUUCUUGUGCAGGUUUAUAGAGAUCCCAUAUGAAUUUAUGGCACAUUAUCCAUCAAUCAGUACUUGAAGGAAGGAUAAAAGGAAGGCUAAACACUCAAUUAUAAUGCUCUUGCCUUAUAUUUUUUACCCUCUAACAGGGUAAUUUAUAUAUAUGCAGAAGAAGUAAAUAAGUAAAUAAGAUGUUAUUUACUUCUUCUGCUUAUAUAUAAAUUACCCUGUUAGAGCUUUGUAUGUAGGAUAGCAUUUAUUCGUUCUAUCAUUGCACAUUAUUAAUAUAUAAUUGCUCAAUUUAAAUAUUUUAGCAAUCUCUGCUCAGACUAUCUGUCUUUUUGCAAACUAGGAUACCGUAUUUAUACUAAUACUACUUAGCCAGGGUUUACUGAGAAUAGUAUUUACCCUGGUAAUACUACUGUGUUAAACUCCUAUAAGGAUUCCUAAUAUUGCAUCCUCAUUUCACGUUUUAUAUAAUACCACAAUAGGGGCAUCUAUUUGGAACACACUUCUGCUAGCAGACCCAGUAGGUAUAUAUCUAAGCAAUUUGGGAUUAACUGUAGUUUUUUUGUCUCCGUUGUGAUUUUGUGAUUAUUAUUAUACAACUUUUUGUAUUAUACCAUGUAGGAGAAUUUGAAGUGGAUUGAAACUCUUUUCUAUCUAAGGAAGCAUUUUAUAUAUAUAUUUAUAUGUGGUGCUUUCCUACCUCCCAUACUUCCCCUUCUAUUACCAAAUUAGAGUAACUAUUUAUCACUCCCUAUGAGAAUCUAUAUAGGACCAAUCUAAGUAUUCACUCCUCGUUACAAUCCAACCGGAGUGUAGAAUUGAUGGAUAAUUUAUCCAUUUAUGGAUAUAGCAGCUAGAGGUGACAAUUACUAGACGUUAUAUAUCAUGGAUACACAGGAUUUCUGUAAUUCACAUAUUGCAACAUUGUAAUCAAUAUAGCUACUUUACUUGUCAUCCAGAUUAUGAGCAUUUCUAACUCUCUAUUUGAUAUAUCUAACGUUAAUUAGCUAUCCUAUUUUAAGGAUCUAUGUAUCACAUUUUUUCACUUUAAUCACUUAGAGUUCACUGAUUAUAUGUCCAUUAUCCCAAUUGGGAGUUAAUAAAAUAUUUGUCAUUAUUUUGUAUAUAUUUCUGUGUUUUUCUUCUUCUUAUUGUUUGGCUCCUUUGAGUUCUCUCUGUUAAAUAUCUACUGAUGUGUGAGUAAUUCUAUUAGUAUCGUGUCCUCUUCUUUGAGGCCUAAUCCAAUUUAGUUUACAAUGAAAUGUUGUUUACGAAAUGCAAAAUCUCAGGAAAGGUUCCAAUUUUAUUUUUUAAUGGGUAAGUAACUCCAAUUUGUGUGUUGGGAGUACUUAGAUUAUUGAAUUUAAUGAUCAAGCAUGAAAUUGUCAGAUGUAUAAUACAAUUUUAUUUUAACGAUAAACCUUAUCAUUUUGGGAAUAAUAUAGAUUUAUCGAUAAUGCAUGUCGUCAGCAAAUAAUGACUUUGACAGCAGCAGCCAAAUCUGAACUAUUUGUGAGUCAUCUGUGCUGCAGAUGGAAAAACUGAGACAUUCUUUUAUUUUCUAGACUCCCUAUUCCCUUGAGAAAGAAAUAGUAACACUGUUCUUUAAAUAUCAUUUUUUGUUUGCUAUCUAGUAGCACUACCUCUGUUUGCAUAUAUCAGAACAAUGGGAUAGUCAGCAACUCACCCAUACAUCUUUAUCUGAACAUGUGAUAUGAUCUACCCUGAACGUUUCCACCAGUUUACAUUUAGUCCAAAUUGAAGUUGUUGAACAAAGAACAUAUUGCCAUGUCUUACUGUUUCCACCUAGGAGUUUAUGCUGACCUGACCUAUUAAUGGGUCUUAAUGUAAUUUAUUAUGUCAGAUUGAGAAUGAUUUGAUUGAUCAUUGACCAUAUAUUGAUAUCACUAAAGUCUGUAUUUGUUAUGAAGCCAAUUUCUGUCAUCUGUUAUUAUUGGUGAUUGGACAAUGCUUUGCAUUGAUUCAGGGAAGAAACUACUUAACUUUUUUGCCAGUUCACAGCACAGCUUCCGUCUAUGUUCUGCUGUAGUUUUUUGCUGAAGUUAGAAUUUCCUGUGUGAUGUCAGCAGUAGAGAGGGGCACAGUUUCACAAGAUGCGUUUGAAAAGUAAGUUUUCAGGGACAGCUUUGAAACAAUAAACACUACAAAAAGCUGUAGGGAUUAUAGCUUUUGGGGUGAUUCUUUAUGUUCGUCUGCCCUAUCAACUUGUCUUUUUGGUAUUUUGUGCUAAGCGCAGCAUGUAUGUUCACUGUGAAUUGUAUGCUAGAUUGAAAAUACAUACGCAGGGAUUGCUAUUCUUUUCAGUUUUGAAUUGUGCUGUCUGUAAUCUCAUAAUUGCACAUAAUCAUUUUUCUUUGUUACUAAAUAGAAUAAAGCAGUCAUGCCUGUAUGUGUUUCAGGUAGGGGUGCUUUCUUAUCUGGUUCUGUAAAAUCCAUUUUAGGAACAGGAAUAGGCAUUCUCCUUAAUUACAGGAUAGGACAUAGGUAGAAAAAUGAACUGAAUAGUGGCUUAGAGGCAGGAAUGCAGGCUUGGGAUGCAUAAGGCCUCAGGUUCAAAUGCCCUGUUGGGCAUUUGUGUGGUGGUUUGGGCGACCAUGCAUGGUUGUCUGGAUGUCACGGCAAGACAUGUUUCUGCGUGUGGUGGCCAUAGGGCCAAUAAUCAUGGCGUAAGGAUGUGGGAAUACUGAAACUGUGUAAUAUACUAUUUCAGUGGGAUUAACACUAGGGGUAAAACCCAACACAAAUUAUAAGAAAAAUAGCAAAAUAACAUGAAAAACAUAAAUGUCCACGGUUCAGGUGUUCUUGUUCUGAGCUGCACCGCUAGAGGCCUCCAUGACUGUGUCCAUCUCUGCGACCUUGUAGUUGAUGCCCUGAUGCUGUAUGAGGAGUAUGUGCGAUGGUCCCCAGCAGUAUUUCACCCCUUUAGCUGUUAGUGCUGAUGUCAGCGGUCGGAGGGACUUUUGCCACUGUAGCGUAUUGUGAGAAAGGUCAGAAAAGAUCGUUAUGUUCAUAUCUUAACAUCGGUAGGGGUUUGUCCCCUAAAUGACACUUAUGAAGGCUACGAAGGCCCGUUUUGAAAUUUGACCAAAAGGUCACCUGUAGUGCCUGUAAGCAGUGGUGGUUUGGGCAGGCAGAACAUGCCAUCAAGCUGUAUCCCCUUCUCUUGCCUAGGUUGUAAGAGGGCAGUAAAUAACCUGGAAGUUAUUUAGGAAGUGGGGCAGUUCGGCUGGGGUGACUGUGUCAGAGAUGCCACGACUGUUUACGUGCUUCCACCUUCGCUUGUCUUCCAUGGCUGCAAGUUGGUGGCUGAGUGUAGUGUGAGCUGAGGUGAGAUCCUUGACCUGCAUCUGGAGCUCUGUCACCUGUGCUUCAUGUGAUUGAGUGGUCUGCUCCACUGCUGUAAGGCAAGCUGUGAACCCCUUGACAUCUUCCCUCACCUGAGAUAUCUCCGUGGAGAUCUGUCAGGAGAGUGGUGAGGAUCUCCAUUGUGACCGGUUGCCCCGCUGUCGGCUGUAUGGGGCUAGGCAGCCCCUUAUAUGCCAGAGUCUCAGGGCUGUGGACGGGGAUGUCUCCUGAGCUGUCCGAGUAUUCAUCCAUUUCGGCCGCCAUGUUAGGCCCAGACGCGCCAUGCGGUCUCCACAGCAGGUCGGCUAUAUCAGCUCAGUACCCGGAGCAAUCUGGACGCGACUUUUUAUUCUUCCUCCCCAUCUGUGCAGGGAUGUCUGCAGGCUGUCUGCUGUGCGGUAAGGUGCCUUGUAGGGCUAUAUUUGAAGCAGUAUUAGGCUUCGAUCGUUGGAAUGCCGCUGGCAUGUGAAUGACCUCGCCGAUGAGCUGGCUGCGCCCCUGCACCUAUCUCUUUUAGCCAUAAGCUCUUAACUCAGAGCUAAGCUAAGCAGUACAGAGCUUAGCUCAUUGUCUGAGUGUGAUCAGCUGAUGUUGUUGUUACGCUACCUCCAGUAAUAAAAUGCCCAAACCGCCGUUUAGUGAAUGCUCCCCGUUCGCAAUAAUGUGGUCUGGUAGCGUGUAUAGUAAAACCAUGCAAACCGCCAGCUAGGGAACACUCCAAACUCCCGAACGGUACCUGUACGGCUCUUUCCCUUCACAAGCUCCAAAUACACGAACUGCCAAGAUUAACCGAACGCCAAUAUCUUCCAAGCGGCAAAUAAUUCCAAUAAGCAGUCUCUAGGCGCCGGUAAUAAAAUCCCCCCAAUAACGAGACCAAGCUCCGCUUUGAGGGUAAAACACGAACUGAUUUACUGUGGGCUACCUGCCCGGUAUUUAUGCAGGUCUCCCACUUGGUGGACACUCCCCUAGGGGACCAAAUGGGAGACUGAAAUGACAGAAGGACAUGGGGACAUUUUGGACAUACAUCACCACAAUAUUCCCAGCAUGCAUCACAGUUCCCUCCCCUCUGCUCGGGAGAUAAUUGGGAAGUAAUUCAAUUAUCUCCCAGAGCAGAGGCAAAUCGCCAUUUUAAGUACAAGUCAUAAAACACAUAAAAAUCCAUAACUUUAUAACUGCCGAACAUAUUGCAUUCGUGUAACACAUCCCCAGAUAGCCUGGAUCUGAGUGCAUAUUAUUGGCGAAUAGCGCUCAGAUCCCAUUCGCAUAGUUCAAUCGCCAUGGAGUCAAAGUCUAUUACAGUUCUUCGGUAUGCGAUUGACUCCAUGGGAAGGCUAUCUGGGUUAAGUCCAUUCGUGUUGUUGAAUCUCCCGAACGGCCGGCAUUCGUAUGCUUUUGUCGAUUGAGAAGGGGAGGUCGACGGCUUCAGCGGUGUUCGGUUGAAAAAGUGUCCGCUUUCAGUUCCAUGAAAUAACCGUCGAACACCGCUGGUCUUUCGCAUGGUUAAAAUGGCCGCCGCCUCGUGGUCGACAUACGAACGACGACCACCCGGUAUUCGGUUUUAAUUGAGAAGUGUCUGUGGUUAACCGCAACGUUCUAAUUGGGAUCAAUAGGUUAACCAGCAGCACACUUCUCUUCUGGGUGGCCGUCCGUUCGGUAGUUCCGUUCGACAAAAAACGACUUUCCCUUAAACAAAGCAUACGAAUGGGGGAAUUCAUGCAAACGGCAAAACAGACGAACACAGUACUUUUAGUCCAGACAGAUGGGUCUGUCACAGUUGUCAGUCAGUGUCUUGCCCUAGAGGGCUUAGCUCAGGAGAGCUAAUAGAAGCCCUUAGCAUGAGCUUUUGGCUCUCGUGACUGCUCAGAGGAGGUAGUGGUUUUGACUGACCUCAGAUAAGAGGUCACACUGUUCUAAAACAGUUUGACUACUGAAAACGUGUGGGUGCCAGGGCACUCUGGGAGCCAUAACUACUACAGUGCACUGUGAUGGGUAUGGUGUUUGGCGUGUUUGUUUAAGCAUUAUUAUAUCCUCAUUUCCUUUUUUUCCUUCCAUUUUAAAAUAUUGUUCUCAACCCAAAGCAGUAGUGUAGGUUAGAGAUGGAAAACAUAUUAAGCAUAUGUAACAUUGUUUCCACACUUCUCUACAUGAUGUGAAUGCCAGCACCAACAUCAAAGCUGUCGGGGAAAGCUGUGAAACUAAGAUUCUGCUGUGUCUCUGGUGCUUAGUAAGGGAGCAAGAGAACUGAGCAUGUUAUAGUCAGGGCCGGACUGGCCCACCGGGAUACCGGGAAAUUUCCCGGUGGGCCGUCGGCACCUAGUGCCGGGCAGACAGCUGGCUGACCUGCGGCCGCAGAGGGAGCUCUUCUGGCAGCCGCAGGGGGAGCUCAGUCUGAUGGCGGCCGCAGGGGGGAGCUGGCUGUUCUGGCGGCCGCUGGGGGAGUUGGCUGUUCUGGCUCUGCUCCCCCGCCCUUGUGCGCUACUUAAUAAGAACAGGGCCGGAAUAUGACGUCAUAUUCCGGCCCCGGUCUCAUUAAGCUGCGCGCUGGGGAGCAGAGCCAGAACAACCAGCUCCCCCAGCGGCCGCCAGAAGAGCCAGCUCCCCCCUGCGGCACCAAUCAGACUGAGCUUCCCCUGCGGCCGCCACCACACAGGCAGCAAUUGUGUGUGUCUGUCUGUGUCAUGGUGUGUGUCUGUCUGUCAUGUAAUGUGUGUCUGUCUGUGUCACGGUGUGUCUGUGUCAUGGUCUGUCUGUGUCACGGUGUGUGUGUGUCUGUCAUGGUGUGUGUGUAUGUCUGUCAUGGUAUGUAUGUGUCUGUCUGUGUCAUGUAAUGUGUGUCUGUGUCAUGGUGUGUGUGUGUCUGUCUGUGUCAUGUAAUGUGUGUCUGUCUGUGUCACGGUGUGUGUGUGUCUGUGUCAAGGUCUGUCUGUGUCACGGUGUGUGUGUGUGUGUGUCUGUCAUGGUGUGUGUGUCUGUCUGUCAUGCGAUGUGUGUCUAUGUCACGGUGUGUGUGUGUCUGUGUCACGGUCUGUCUGUGUCACGGUGUGUGUGAGUGUGUCUGUCAUGGUGUGUGUGUGUCUGUGUGUCAUGGUGUGUGUGUGUCUGUCUGUGUCAUGUAAUGUGUGUCUGUCUGUGUCAUGUAAUGUGUGUGUGUCUGUGCCACGGUCUGUCUGUGUCACUGUGUGUUUGUGUCUGUCAUGGUGUGUGUAUGUCUGUCAUGGUGUGUGUGUGUCUGUGUGUCAUGGUGUGUGUGUGUCUGUCUGCCAUGUAAUGGGUGUCUGUGUCAUGGUGUGUGUGUGUCUGUCUGUGUCGCGGUCUGUCUGUGUCAUGGGUGUGUGUGUGUCAAGGUGUGUGUCUGUCAUGGUAUGUGUGUGUGUGUGUCUGUGUUUCUGUCUGUGUCACGGUGUGUGUGUGUGUGUUUCGGUCUGUGUCACGGUGUGUGUGUGCCUAUGUCACGGUCUGUCUGUGUCAUGGUGUGUGUCUGUCAUGGUAUGUGUGUGUGUGUAUGUAUGUGUGUCUGUGUUUUUAAAAAUAGUGUUUUUAAUCACCUUUUUUUCCCCCCACGUCGUGCUGGUCUCCCCUCGACUGGCCCUAUGCUUGAUGAUCUCAGCCAAUCCGCACUGACACAGGAAGCACCUCUAGUGACCGUCUGAGUGUCUGUCACUAGGAAGCAAUGUAAACACUGCCUUUUCUCUGAAAAGUCAGAGUUUGCAUUGAAAAGCCUGCAGGGACAGGCUAUAGACACCAGAACCACUACAUUAAGCUGUGUGUGUGCGCGCCUGCCAGUGAGUAGGCUUGCUUGCAUGUGUGUGUGUGUGUGUGUGUGUGCCUGCUACUGAGUGAGCUUGUGUUUUUAUGUCAAUGACCUUAUGUAUAUCAGUGAGAUUGUUUGUCUAUGAGGCUGUGUAUCAAUGAGCUUGUGUCAGUGAGAUUGUCUGUGUCUGCAUGUGAGUAUGCUCACUGUAUAAUUAAACAUUUUACUCUGAAAGGGCCAAUAUUUUAUAUUAGAAAAAGAUAUAUAUAUAUAUAUAUAUAUAUAUAUAUAUAUAUAUAUAUAUAACUCAAUCAUCUGGGGUGGCAAGACAUAGCCUUACAUAUUACAUGCAACAAUAUAUGGCGCAAUGACUUAUGGGGCUGGCAUAGAUUUUUUUUUCCAGGGCUGCUUUGUAUUUUGUAUCCCCAGUCCGACCCUGGUUAUAUUGAUCUGCUUGGCCAAGGGAGCAUGGCAGACUUGGCAUCCCUGGCUUUAUAAUCUCAUCAAGCAGAGAAAAGUAUUCACUGAGCAAAUCAAAUUGAAAUUACAAGCACUUAGAGAUGCAUUUAUUGAACAAACAAAACUGGGAAGAAGAAGGUAGAGUUUGCCUUAAAGCAAUCAUAACUCACAAAAUAAAGUCUAGAAAGGUUUAUAAUCUUUUGGCAGCAGCAUAUUUAAACACUUUGUUGUAAACACUGUUCUGCUGGUUGCACUUCAUUUAUGCAGUCUUUGCUGUGUGUAUAUCUCAAUCGGGAUAAUGUUCGUUUGUUGGUUUUAGUCAUUUAUCAUGAGAGCAUAAUAUACAGAAGGUUCAAUGGCAGUCCAGCCCAAAUUGGAAUUACAGCAGCAAUAAUAUGCAAGUAGCAAAAAUAUGCAGAAAGCAAUCAUAUGCAAGGAUAAAAGAGGGGAUAAUGGGCAACCCUGACAGGUCCCAUCAAUACUGUUAAAGAAUGUAGAUAUGAUCUCAAAGUUGGAAACUUUUGUGGAAGGUUUUGAAUAUAAAGCCUGGAUGCCAUUUAGGAACUUGGAAGUGAAGGCAAAUUUGUGUAAUGUGAAUGCCUCCAUGGCAUAAUGAGUGGGGGCAUUGAUGAGUAGUGCCAGCUGAGGUGGUCAAACACCUUUUCAGUGUCUAGUGCAAGCACUAUUCCCGGUACCUUUGCCUUUAUGGGCCUCUAACAUCUCCUGUGGGAUGUGGCCUAAUUGGAAAUUACGGUGAGAUGGAGGUGUAAGGAUGGAGGUGCAUUUAAUGUAAUAUUGUGAAGAAAAUCUAUCAGGGCCUGUGGCUUUAUGAUGAGGUAGAGUGAGAAUAGUUUUUCGAACCUCUUCUUCGGUAUAUAAAGCCUCCAACGCUUCCCAUUGAACGUCAUGAAGAGAAGGAAGGGUCACUGCAUCCAAGAAAGAAGCUAUUUCUGACUUGGUCAUUUUUUAACAGUUGUGUCAGCACUUCAUGUUUUUUUUUAUUUGCCCUUUUUUGGGGCUUGGGGAUUGAGGGCGCCUAGUCAGUGGGGAAGACACACUUUAGGAUAAUUGGGGGGUUGUGGACUAUGCCAUGUCCAUUUCUGUCUUUCUGCAUAAAUUUAGAGCCCCCACUUGCCACCCAUGGGCAGGUUCCCUCCUGUUUAUUUUAAUUAUAGCCACCAUCUCCUGGUCAUGGGUGAAAGCAUGGGGUCAAUUAUGCUUCCCAACAUUAUGAUUUAAUUGGAGCGCUAUCGUGUGGGACACUAUGUCCUCCCUGCUACAUCAUUUUAUUUUAAGUCCCAAUGUUCUUUAAAUUAAAGCAUGGGGUUGUGGGUAGGUACAUUACUAGCCAAUAGCUGACCAGUCACUGGUCUUUUAUUACAGAUGUGGCCACUGUUUGCUCAUGGCAUGAUGAGUGGGGUCAUGGGGAGGUAUGAAACUUCCCUUGUACUAAUAUAAUGAACAUUUGCUCGGAAGAUCCAAAAUUCUAAACCCUGCACAAGUAGCUGUGCUGGAAAAUUACUAAGAUGGUGACUUUUUGAGAUUUGCGAAUUGAUGGCCUAAAUUUUGGUAUAUCGUUAUCAAUCCAUGGUUUAAUGAAUACAGCCCAAAGAAGUAUUUUCCUUAAAUGUCAAGCCUAUUUUAAAUUAAUUGAAAACUCCUAGCAGCUUUGGGCUAGUUAGACACAGACAAUAAUAAGCGUGUUUGUACCAGGUGUGUCUGUUACUUAAUGCAUUGACUCAUUGGUGAGAAAGCAGCAAUUAGUGCUGUCCACACCCUUAAUGUUACAUUUUCUAAAUUUUCUCCUUCCCUUAGGGGAUGUUUAAUUGCAUAUACUUUUUAAAUAGAAAGCCUUGACAUUUUUUGUUUUUCAGAUCUACAUUAAAUUUCAUACAGAAACUCACACUGUUCACACUGUGUGUAUAGGUAUAGAUAAAUUGACAAAUAUAUAAACGAUUCUGAAUAACUGUUCAAUAUCUUCUCUGAAAUCUAAGUAUUCUAGGAGAAAAGCACUGGCAUGUAUGAAUUUAAUAUUUAGGAAACACACUGUAUUUUAUUAUUAUAUACAUGAAAUCCUUUUGUUUUUCUACGUGGCAGUUUCAAAUGAAGUCAUGAGCAUGUUUUGCCUGCAAUAACAGCUGAAAUACAUUAGUGGAACCUGCUCUACUUAUUGUGUUCCCAUGAAAAACGAUUUAAUUGAUUCACUGAUUGCCAUAGAAUAUCUAACAUCAGACUUUCAUUGAAAACAUAUUACACUACUAAAACCCCAUAGUCAUUUAUAAUAGAUAGUUUUAGUAAAUAGAACUAACUGCAUUCCAUUUUACCUGUUGGCAUUUCUUCUAUAAAUGUUAUAUAGUAAUAAUAGUCUUGUAAUAAUAAUCUUUUUAUUUCAUUUUCUCCUCUGCCUGUGAGUCAUAAAGUUUUUAUACUUGACUACAACAUUUCUGAUGUGUUAAUCCUGAAGCCAAAUGUAUAUAUUUAUAGUUCUAAAAGGGAGCCCAUCCCAAAACAUAUUUGGUUCUGUCAUUUUUUUUUGUAUCACUCUCCUUUAGUAUUAAAAAUGAAAGUUAAAGAAUCAUAGUUACCUUGUUUCCAGCACCAGGACUCUUCCCAUUAGGCAACCUGCUGUUCUUCUUUCGUGAACUAAUCUAAUUCACUGCUUCUUAUAUAAUGCCGUGCUUCACAAAUCAAAUGCUGCUUGAUUGAAUUCACAAAUGGAGCCUCAUGUAAUUUUAGUGGUUCUCAACUGGUAGCAACUAGCGCAUCAUAUUUGUCAGGCCCUUAGGAAACAUUUUAAAUUGAAGAAUGGGUUGCUAAGCUAUAGCUAUAUACACAGGAUUGGUCCCUGAAAAAAUGUUAAAGGGUUACUCUAAAGGGUUACGGUGCUAAUAUUAAUCUUUUGUAACUAUAUACUAAGGCACCUACUGCUCCUCUCCAUGGUUUUUGUUUUGUUUCUUUCUUUACCAUAAGAUAAGCCAAAGCCAUCUUUUGAAUCCAACACCUGGCUAAGCUGUCUGUGAGGCGAUGCGCAUCUAUUUUUUCUUUCACAGUCCUAGGUCCAAUCAAAUGUGGGGAGGGCCGCACAGAGGGAGGCAGGGCUUUAUAUUACAGGUGAGCUCACAGUGCUACCUGCGAGUGAAGAAACUGAUCUGUCGCUGACAACGGACUACGGACUUUUACUAAAUUAUGUGUGUCUAGGGCGCAAGUAGACUCCAGCACAAAAUGACAGAUUUCUGAAACACUGCACAUACAGAUUGUUUGCACCAUGACCACUUCUAAAAGCAGAUGUGGUCGUGGUGGUUGGAGAAACCCUUUAUGAACUAGUGAUAUUGAUGAAAAUGGAUUUUCAUCACAUUUUGUUUUUUUGUUUUUUACCUUGAUAGUGUGUUGAACCACUUAUAACCAAUAAAGCAGGGCUUGGCAAAUUUAUUUGGAAUUUAGGAGCCAGCUUAAAAAGUUAGGAGAUAGUAGUUGUUUUUAAAUGGACUCUAUAGUCACCAGAAUCACUACAGAUUAAUGUUGUUUUUCUGGUGCCUAUAGCCUAUCCCUGUAGCCUUUUCGAUGUAAAUGCUGCAUUUUUAGAGAAAAGGCAGUGUUUACAUUGCUGCCUACUAAAACCUCUAGUAACAGUCACUCAGAUGACCUCUGUAUGAAUGCCCUGAAUGUUACCCAUAGAGAACAUGCACAAUAUCCUUCCAUUGGCUUAGCUGAGAUCAUAAAGAUUGAUGAUCUCAACUAUGGAGGUGGGACAAGCCGCUGGUGAAACCGGCACAGCGUUGGAAAAAAGGUAAGUAAAAACACCUCUCCUGUGAUCGGAGGGGACAGGUACCUAAACAGACACACUAAAUCUGACAGGCACACACAAACACACGCACAGACUGACAGAGACAUACACGCACAGACUGACAGAGAAAUACACUAACACUGAAAGAGGCAAACAUACACUGACACACACUAACAAAAACAUACACACACACACUGACAGAGACAUAUACACACACACUGACAGAGACAUACAUGCACACACAGACAGAGACAUAAAUACACACACACACUCUGACAUACACACACACUGUCAGAGACACACAUUGACAGAGACAUACACACACUGACAUACACAGACAUACACACAUUUUCUUAUACACUCACAAUUUUUAAUCCACCCAGCCUCCCUACCUUUGGGAGAGCUGAGUGGAUCUUUCCCUGGGGACCAGUGGCGAUCCUAAAAUAUAUAAUAAUAAUAAUAAUUGCAACAUAAUACAUAACAAGCAGCCAGGAUUGGAACGAAAAUGGAAAAAUCUGUUGAUGGCUCAUAAAAUCUGUCUUUUUUAGAACAAUAAGAUACAAUUCUAUAUCACUAGAAAGAUGCAAUGCAAUGUAAAAAAAAGCAAUACACUGAAAAACAGCGGUACAGUAUAUUUAAUAACUUAUCACGAUUUCUGUUAGCACUGAGUCAAGAAACCUUUUGCCGAAAUUACAGCCUUACAAUGGCAGCACUUGGAAUGAAUUAAGUGUUUUAACUCAUCAGGUGUUAUGUUAAGCCAUUGAGUGUAUGAUUACUUCUAUCAUUGGUCUUAUAUUCCUUGGUUGCUUCUAACUAACACAAUUCUUUCAUCAGCUCCAUAGAUUUUCUAUUGGAUUCAAGUCAGGGCUAUUACUUGGCAAUUCUAACAGUGUAACAUGAUUUACCUGAAACUAUUUCUUGCACACAAUAGUAACAUGACAAUUAGCUAAACCCUGUCGGAAUACAUAGGCUUCAUUAUCCAGGAAAAUGAAUACUUCACUUUUGGCUAAAGUAGCCUUUUGCUGUCAUUCAACCCCAUACAACACUAACUGAAUGCUUAUGGUAGCUUUAAAGCCCUCAGGCAGCAAACCUUUUCCAAAUCUUCUUCUUAUGUACUUUAUUUCACCACACUACCACUUAUUGAUAUUCUGGUCUUUUCACUCCAGAUGUCCCAUUUUUCCUCAGUCUAAUUAACAUGGUUUUUAGCCCACUCUGAUUUUUUCCUUCUUUGUUAGGGAGAUAUAAAUGUCCUUUUCCUUGGGAUUCUAGAAUUUAAGUCAAAGUAUUUGAGUGUGCAUCUAAAAGUCUUAGCACUCAUCUUCAAACCACAUUGAGACAAUGUAUUUUCAAUUGACUCAGGUGGUUUUCUUCUGUCAUUAAACACAGUGUUUUAAUGAUUGUAUCACUACAUGUUGUUAUACACCUUUUACUGUCUUUACCACUUUGAUUUUCAGUCUGCAGGUACUUUUUGCACUUUUUACAAAUACCUCCUUUGUAUAUAUUUCCACCUACUUUUCUUACGAAAGUGUAACUUUCUUCACGCACUGUUUAAUUAUUUCACAUUGCUUUUUACGUGAUGAGUAUUUUCACGCUGUCAUCCUACUACGUUACAAAGCUUUACUAGGGCCUCGAUUUUAAUAUUUUUGGGAUAAGCUUUUCAAAUGUUUUACUAUUUUAGGAUAAACUUUUAAAAUGACUUCAUUUAAAAAAAUAAUUCUAUUUUGAUUUUUCUUAUAUAUUAUUUUGUAUAUAUAAAUUAUUGUUGAUAUUUUAAUAUUUUGAACAAAUCAUUUUUUUAAAAUUUCAAAAAAUUAAGUCAUUUAAAAAGUUUAAAAAAAACUAUGUUAUCAAGGAUUAUUUAUGAUAAACAAGUCAAUAACAGCAAAACACCAAUGGCCAACUUGAUGAUAUUCACUGAAUGAGUCCUCGUAUUAGCCCUGAUACAUGGAAAUGAGUGCUGAUUCAUACUUUGUGUUUGGUUCUAUGCUGCUUCACAAUAACACCAAUUGGCUCUCAGAACAAUCCGUCUGACUCUACUCCAAAUCCCAGAGUUUGGUUAAAGUACAAGAGUAUAAAACGUGUGAACUAUUGUUAUGUCACUUUGUAUGCCGCAUGUAGCUGAAUUAAUGUUAAUACCCAUACGUGGGAGAAUAAACUCAAUCUCUCCAAAACAGAACUCAUCUUUCUUCCCUUAAACAUUGCUACUCUUGUGUUUGUCUUACUCCAAGUCAGUGGCACUACCAUCCGCUCCACCUCACAGGCCCGCUGCCUCAGUGUUCUCUUUGAUUCCAACCUCUUAUUCACCACUCAUGUCCAGUCGAUUGCCAAAUCUUGCCACUUCCAUUUCAAAAACAUAGCUUGCAUCAACCCAUACCUAACAUAGGAUUCUGAUAUCUUCUUCAGCCUUUUACUACUGCAGUCCGCUUCUUUUCUGGCCUUACACACUCCUAAUUUUCCCCGCUACAGUCUAUAAUAAAUUGCGGCAGUGAUGCUCAUCUUCCUGUCCACCCACACAUAUCCCCUUUGUCAGUCCUUACAUUGACUUCAGAUAGAAUAUAGGUCUCAGUUUAAAAUUCUGCCCGUUGCUUAUAAUUCUCUACUCAACCCUGUUCCUACCUAUACUCAAUAAUACAAUAAUGACCCAUCCAGUUGCCUACUUAUUGCUGAAGACCUGUGUCUAUCCACUGUUGUAGUUGCAUCUCUGACAUUUACCUUCAAGACUUCAUAUUUUAUAAGGAGACUGUUAGCUACACUGAUCAUUAACAUUGUCACAUUCACUAGAAGACAGAGUCAAAUUGAAGAGAAGGUCCUUUGCACUGCUUUGCAUCACCCGUAUAAAUCACUCUAAUGCCUAUUUGGCCUGAGCUUUAAAGGGACACUAAAGUAACCAAAACAACUUUAGCUUAAUGACACAUUUUUGUGUAUAGAUCAUGCGUCUGAAGUUUCACUGCUCAAUUGUCUGCCAUUAAGGAGUUAAAUCACUUUUGUUUUUGUUUAUGUAGCCUUAGUCACACCUCCACUGACUGUAACUCACACAGGUUGCAUUGAAAGAAAAAAUGGUUUAAUUUUUAAUCAGAUGUAACUUACUUUAAACGUUUUUACCUCCUCCUCUGUAAAUUUAGCUUUAAUUACAUACAGGGGGCUCCUGCAGGGUCUAGCAAGCUAUUAACAGAGCAGGAGAUUCUAAAUUAAAUAGAAUUUUCAAUAAAGAAGGAAUAAACAUUAGAUUACUCUUUACAGGAAGUGUUUAGGAAGGCUUUGUAAGUUACAUGCAGGGAGGUGUGACUAGGGCUGCAUAAACAAAGUGAUUUAACUUCUAAAUGACAGAGAAUUGAGCGGUGAGACUCCAGGGGCAUGAUCUAUACACCAAAACAGCUUAAUUAAGCUAAAAUUGUUUUGGUGACAAUAGUGUCACUUUAAUAUGUCACUAGUUGCCCUGCUUUUUAAAGAUUGCUCUCUAAACCUAAUUUUUUCCCCAAAAUAUUAAAGAUUAUUAUACUCUCAGGUUUAUUUUUACACACAGUGCUGAAGUGUCAAGAAUUGACCAGGGAAUUUCAAGUUUUAAGCCUAAAUAUUCAAACAGGAAAAAAGUUGUAUAAUUCUUUCAAUAUUUGCCCUAACAUUUGCAUUUCCCUGGUUAAUUACUGAUAAUUCCUGGUUUAGUUAUUAACUCUAACAAUGUGUCUCAAACUAGACUUUAAGGCUUUUUUUUAUUUGUAAUGUCUAACCAUACCACUUGGCCUCUGUGAAACUGAAUAAUAUCAUCGAUGGCACUGCAGGUUGUCAGCGAUUAGAACAAGGAAUGCAUUCUGGGAAAUCAGUCAUGAGUCAGAUUAGCACAAUGAGGCUCUGUCACAUUCUAGGAGAUAAGUAUCCAAAUGAUGUCAGAGUACAAAUAGAAGUCAUCAUUAAAAUGACUGCAUCGCACUAUAAAAAUGUCAAGGGAGUAUAAAAAUGGUAAUGACUCAUUUUCGUGGAAAGGUGAGUAAAAUAUUUGACAGCCCAGUCUGUUCAUUUCAUAACAAAGUUAAAGCAGGUAAAAGAGCUACUGCACACCAAAAUGUUGUAUAUGCAAAACCUUAAACCAUAUCCGCUUUAUCCACUAAGGCUAUUUCACAAAAUAGUGAGGUUGUAAUGAAUUGUUGCAAAUUGUAAACAGUAUUAAAUAUCCAAUUCAAAAUAGUUGGAGAUUUUGUUCCAACAUUUGUAUUUUGGCCUAAAGUUCCUUAAAAUGUGAAAAAAUUUUUGUUUGUUACAUAUUGUAUUUUCUAGAUCUUCAGUUCAUGUAAAACGGCACUGUCAGCAAUAUGACAACUGCAUUGGUUGUAUUUCUUAUACACCCUGGAACCAUCCAUCUGUUUAAUUCCUUAAAGUGAUUUUUUAAGGACCAAAACACAUACCUCCCAAAUGUCGCUAUUCAGGAGGAACAAUACCUUUUUUUGGGCUCAAAUCCUUCUGUCCUUCUUUCCCAUCCUAAUGUCUCUUUUUUUCUAGAAGCUCCAUAGCAAUAGUACACCCAGUAAUGUGUCUUUACACUACAAUAAAUGUGUUUAGAAAUCAGUCUGUGUAAAUAAAAUACUUGUUCCUAAGUAAAUUUUAGUUUCAUAAAAUUAUUAGUAAGUAAAUCAAAAUUUCUCAGACCAGGCCCACCCCUGAGCACACCCCACUCACACCCCUAAAAUUAAAGCAUCCCCUUUGUCCAUUGCAAAUGUUCAGAGGCAUGAAAACAGAUUUCGUUUAAUUAAUUGAGUUUGGUGUAUAGAUUAUGCUCUUGCAGUUUAAAUGCUCAAUUGUCUGCCAUUUAGAAAUUAACCUUUAAAUAGCAGAGAUUUGAACAGUGACACUGCAGGGUUAUGAUCUAUAAACCAAAACUUAAUUUUUAAGCUAAAGUUAUUUUGGUGCUUAGAGUAUCUAUUAAUGGACCAUAUUCAUAACCUAUUAAUAACCACAAUCUGGUCCCUGUUGACCCAGUGCUAGAACUGAAUAUCCAGCGUAUUUUGCUUCUUUUUUUUCUUAACUCUAACAGCCCUCCAUCCAUUAAAUGAGCUCUAAACAUCCCUGCAUGCAUUAAAUGAGCUCCAUACAGCCCUCCAUCCAUUAAAUGAACUCUAAACAUCCCUGCAUCCAUUAAAUGAGCUCCAUACAGCCUUGCAUCCAUUAAAUGAACUCUAAACAUCCCUGCAUCCAUUAAAUGAGCUCCAUACAGCCCUCCAUCCAUUAAAUGAACUCUAAACAUCCCUGCAUCCAUUAAAUGAGCUCUAUACAGCCUUGCAUCCAUUAAAUGAACUCUAAACAUCCCUGCAUCCAUUAAAUGAGCUCUAUACAGCCUUGCAUCCAUUAAAUGAACUCUAAACAUCCCUGCAUCCAUUAAAUGAGCUCUAUACAGCCUUGCAUCCAUUAAAUGAACUCUAAACAUCCCUGCACCCAUUAAAUGAGCUCUAUACAGCCUUGCAUCCAUUAAAUGAGCUCUGUACAGCCUUGCAUCCAUUAAAUGAACUCUAAACAUCCCUGCAUCCAUUAAAUGAGCUCUAUACAGCCUUGCAUCCAUUAAAUGAACUCUAAACAUCCCUGCACCCAUUAAAUGAGCUCUAUACAGCCUUGCAUCCAUUAAAUGAACUCUAAACGUCCCUCCAUCCAUUAAAUGAGCUCUAUACAGCCCUCCAUCCAUUAAAUUAACUCUAAACAUCCCUGCACCCAUUAAAUUAGCUCUAUACAGCCCUCCAGCCAUUAAAUCAGGUUUCCCCAAACUCCGGCCCUCCAGAUGUUGCUGAACUACAACUCCCAUGAUUCUCAGCCUAUGUAUUUAAUUCAUAGAAUCAUGGCAGUUGUAGUUCAGCAACAUCUGGAGGGCCGGAGUUUGGGGAAGCUUGCAUUAAAUGAACUCUAAACACCCCUGUAUCCAUUAAAUGAGCUCUAUACAGCCCUCCAGCCAUUAAUUGGGUGUGACAUUGAAUUCUGAUAGAGGAUCUUUAACCCCUUAAGGACCAAACUUCUGGAAUAAAAGGGAAUCAUGACAUGUCACACAUGUCAUGUGUCCUUAAGGGGUUAAAGGCUGUUUUGUUAUGAUGGAUUAUUACAUGACUGUGACUGGUCCAUAAGGAGUUUACAUCAAAUUCUUUAAGAACGUUUUUGACGUCAACAAAAAUUUCUGUUUUAUAGCACAGCUUUUUAUGACCGUUCAUACUUUAGGAAAUAAAUGAACCAGUAUCUAGUUGUGCAGUUUGUGUUGAAGUUAAAAGAGCUGAUCGGGUUUCCAUACUGGUCCGAGAGGAAGAGCACUAUUCCCCUGUGUUUAAAACGCUUAACAAUCUAAUGGUAUUUCCUGUAUUAUGAGGAGCUGGAGGUCCUGCUGGAGGACUUAGAACCACAGACAAACUAAAGGGAAGAUUAGAUAGGCACAAUAAAUUAUCAAAUAACUUUAUGAUGAAUAUAAUUUAUUUAUGUUGUGUUUCUUUUCAUUUAGUGCAGACAUUGCAUGUCUUCUAUAAAAAGUCUCAGAUUCACCAGUGAUGCAACUGAACAUAUAGCUUAUAAACUGUAGUAUCAAAAUCCAUCGUGAAUGGGAUAGAAUUUUCAGAAUGACAUACCUCCCAAAAUUUCAUACGAUGAUCUUUAGUUCUUUAUAGUUUUUACAAUAUAAAAGCUGAACAAAAUUCAAGGACUGACUCAUAUUCCUAUGCAAUGUCACAUUACUGCAAUUUUACACUGAAUUAAUUCAUAAUGAUUAUGGCCUUGAGUGCUUUCAACACAAACUACAUGUGAUUAAAAAAAAAAACACUGCACAACAUUAAAUAAAUUAGAUAAUAACAGAGGCACGGCAAGCACAAUUCUUCAAUAAGGACAAUUAUCAAAAAGAUUUGCAUUAUAUUGCAUAACCAGAAAUAAUUAUAGGAUAUGCCAAACACAUUUUGUAUAUAAGGAAUAACAUAUUACUUAUGGUUUAUGUGUAACAUUCAAAUUUUCAAAUAAAUUCAAAGUUUCAUUGUUACCAACAAGAGCAUGAUAAUAAACAUGAAAUCUAUUUGAAAAAGUAAUGUUUUUACCGCCUUAAAGGGACACUAUAGUCACCAAAUGAACUUUAGGUUAAUGAAGCUGUUUUGGUGUAUAGCUCAUGCUCCUGUAGUCUCCCUGCUUAAUUAUCUACCAUUUAGGAGUUAAAUCAAUUUGUUUAUGCAACCCUAGUUACACCUCCCUACAUGUGACUCGUGCAGCCUUUCUAUACACUUCCUGCAAAGAGUCAUCUAAUGUUUACACUUCCUUUAUUGCAAAUUCUGUUUAAUUUAGAAUUCCUGUUAAUAGCUUGCUAGACCUUGCAGGAGUCCCAUGUGUAAUUAAAGGUUCAAUUUACAGCAUGAAAUAAAAACUGUUAAAGUAAGUUACAUCUGAUUGAAAAUGAAACAAUUUUGUCAGGGGAGGUGUGGCUAGGACUGCAUAAACAGAAAGAAAAGUGUUUAACUCCUAAAUGGCAGUUCCUAAAUGGCACAGAAUUAAGUCAGACAGAGGCAUGAUUUAUACACAAAAAAUGCUUCAUACAUUCCAUACCAUUCUACCAGGGUUAUCUUUGUUCUUUGUUUUUGUAUUUACUUAACCCCUUAAGGACCAAACUUCUGGAAUAAAAGGGAAUCAUGAAAUGUCACACAUGUCAUGUGUCCUUAAGGGGUUAAACCCAUCUUGAUUCACCAUUCAGACAAUUGUUAUCAACAAAUUCUUGUUUUCUAUGUAUUUGAUGCAUACAGAUAAUUGUUACUUCUCAAUAUUCUAUGUAUACAAAACAGUGAUAUCUGUACCAUGACUUUAUGCAAAUAUUUUUUUUUUUAAAUGCUUCAUUAAGCUAAAGUUGUUUUAGUGACUACACCCUUUACGUAUUGAGGAUUUAACAAAUAUUUGUUUUUCAUUAAACCAUCCUUUAAAAUGUCAUGCACUGCAGAUCUUUGAGAUUAUGAAGAAUUGCAUAUGUUAGAGCUUGUGGUUUAUUUACAUGCCGAGAAUUGGAGCUAUCUGCGGUAAAAUUGUUUUAUUUUAAUGUGGGUGCAUUUUAGACAGACAUCAUUUGAUUCAUGCGGACCAUAGACACCAGUCUACAUUGAUUAAUGAGAAAAUAUCCCAGUAAACAUUAUUUUUUGCAUAGAUAGAAAACAAAGCUAAGAUGUGUGUGCACAACAAAGCAAAUGACUGCUUCUUCACAAAUAUAGUUUACCUUGCUCAUCCCACCUAUGGUUUUAGUGUUGGCAUAUGAAGGAAAAUCACAAUUUUUCAGACAGAUGCUCCAUAUUCUUUUAAAUUUAAGAUUUAGCAAAUUACAUUACAAUCCAGUUCAGUCAGAUACAGUCAGGACACACAUUGCAAAUGAAGAGGAGAAAAAAAAGCUUUGUUUAAUUUAUUUUCUCUGUGUGCGUUCUCUGUGCUGACUGCCAGAUGUAAAGUACACUGGGAAAUAAGAUGGAGGUUCUAAACUGCAGGACAAGUACGUGUGGAUUUCUAAAUGUAAUAUUAUUUUCCACACCUCCCAGCAUUUCAAAUGGACAAGGAGGGAUGCUAUACUUUUACGGGUGUAACUGGGGAGAGGCCAGUUUUUGGAUGGGACAAAUACAUUUUAGUUGCCUUCGUAAUAACAAUUAUUGCAACUAAUGUGCAAUUUAGAACAAAAACAAAGUGUCCUAUUUAUACAGACUGAUUCCUAAACAUAUUUGUCAAGGAGAACCUCGUCCUUCUACACGACACAGAACACUUUUCUUCCCACCGUGGUGCUAUACUCUUGACACAGCAGAUGCAGCCUAGAGAGCAGCUUUGAUGUAGGCCUGUUGAUGCUGCCAGAACGACUAAAGCAAAGCUGAAGGAAGACCAGGGGACCAGAGAUGACUGUCUGAAACUCCUCAUCGGAUCGGAAGUUAGCCCAGGCCUGGCAGCUGGGUGAUGGAGAUGGCUGACAAGAUAAGCUGUCUGAAGACACCAUGUUUUUAGGGAUAUCUGCUUUGGGUAGGGAGUUUAGGGUUCAGAUCUCCCUGUCUGAAGAAAGAUCAGUGGCGGGUUGACUCUUAUCCGCCCAGACAGAGUGGUGUUGGGGAGGGAACUUUACUUUGUAGUGCUGAUUUCCCCCUGGAAAAUGAAUACAGAUUGUUGGUGUAUAAGUAUAUGUGUGUUUCACUAAUAAAUCGUACUUGUUUCACCCAUCAUCAAAUUUUGACUGAUGUUCAGGUGGGUUGCAAUAGAGCUGCUAUAAUCUAUCCAGUUAUUCUGCUUGGAAAUGGAGGGAGGUAAGCAGAGAAACUCUUGCUGAGUACUGAGCCUCGCUACAACAUAAUUGUAGUUUAAAGACACGUUACUGUAAGAUUGGUUAAACACUUAGAUACACCAACCAUAUGGAGUUCUUAGAAAUAAGGGAAAGCGGGAUUUAGACCAAAUACACUGACUGACCUUCCUAAAUAGGGACAGUUAGGGUUAUGAUAUAUAUAAAUGAUAUGCAAACAUAAUGUAAAAAAUCACAGGAAGUGACAGUCCCCCUUUAAAAUUUUACUUACUUUAGUAAAGUUUUGCUUUUUACAUCUUUCUUAAAACCAUGCUAAUCUCCUGGCUUUUGGUACUUGACUUUUAAAUUAAGUUUUCUUGGUCAGCAUAAAGUUUGAACUCAUUAUGACCUUAAUUCCUGAAUACUUGUUUGACUUUUGAAGGACUUUACCCAGAGUACACCUUGAGCUUUUAAGAUAUGAGUUAAUCCUUUGAAUCUGGUUAAUAAGUAAUGCUUUUAUCUCUGGAAUGUAGACUUUUGAGGGUUGGCAUAUUUUAUAUUAUAACUGUCUUAGAAUUAGAGCCCUUUUUAAUAGAAUUGUUUACUUCUUUUUAAAAAAAAAAUAUUUUAUUUUUGUUGUGCAAUGGCAUAACAAUACAACAAUAGACACGGUCUCUCACAGUAACAAAAGUCAGCAAACAAUGUAAAGUAUUGCUGCAUUCAUAUGAUGCAGCAUCUGCACAAUAUUUUAAAGUAUAAAGGAAGUGGCAUGUAUUGUCAUUUAUCCAACAGAAUAAUCCACUCAGGACUCCCCCAAACUGUCAAACGGUAAGCGGAUUAAUUGAUGGCAGUGAAAUAAUAAGAGACUUACAAAAUAACAAACAAAUUCAACAGUAAAGAUAGUGCCCUCCAGGGGCAGAACACAGUCCUGUAAUGGAAAGAAAUGCAUCAGGCCUCAUUGCCCCGGUGUAGGUAUGUGCAACAGGCCCUGUGUCAACAUCAGCAUUGCUCGCAGUAUCUAAGCCUCCCAGGGAGUCCCAGAUUGUGACCCAACUGGAUCGAGUCUCUUUGCUGAUAUGUACUUACAUGUGGGAUAUUGUAUUUUCAACCCCCAUAUUCAAGUCCUCUCUAUAUUUAGAGCCACAGACUAAUCAUAGAUACUUGGAGGUGGUAUUUGAGGUGAGUGGCCACUCGGCUUUCGUGGAGCAGGAUAAUGCACUAGAUUUUUCAGCUUCCACCAAAAAUGUGCGAAAAUUCUGUGCAACUUAGACUGAAUGUCUUGCUGCUGUGACUGGGGGACCACAGAGCAUCGCCAUGAUGAGUAGGACACUGUGUCUUCUGCCUAUUCUUGUGGCAGCAACACUUGGCCCCAAUACAGCAUGAAACCAUGCCAGUUAUCUGCUGGUAUAGGAGGAGGGGGGUCAUGGGGCACCUGUAUAACAUUGUAGUUGCCAAGGUCACUCCAGGCUGUGAGAUCAACUGCCUCUCCCGUCUGCGUUGUGCACUAGGCCGCACUUUUUUGUGUCUCAGAUGGAGGACCUCUCAUAUUCAGCUGUAAGUAGAGUCAAUUACCGCUAUAGUGUUGGUCAGCCAGGUCAAGAAUUAGGUAAAUCACUUCCAUUCUCAAAAAUCAAGCUAGAAGAGGUUCUCAAACCCUCUUUAUUAAAAGAUAAGAGAGGAGCUUUCUCAGAACAUGUCUAUCCAACAUGAAAGUCAGGCCCCGCCACCCAGCAUUAUUUAUUUUUAGUAGAAUUGCUGGAUGUUUAUAAUUCAUUAUAAAAAUAUCUUCCAGUUUAAAUAUAAAUUUCUAAUUUUAAAAUGAAUUAGUCUGCAGGGUAGGAAUUUUUGAUUGGGUCUUCAAACAUGGAUUUCCACGACAAUUAUUCGUGUUUCAAGAAAUUUACAUUUCUCUUGGGAACCGACUUUGUAAAGAAAGCACUCAGUUUGCUCUUUCAGUGCAGGGAUAGUGCAGAAUCUGGAUAUCCAUUAGUUAAGGGAAAGUAGAACCUCAUUGCAAUGAUAAAAUAUUGGUGUCCAUAAAUUUAUAUAAUGUUCUGAGCUUUACAAAAAAGUAAGUUUGCUGGAAGUAUUGUGUCCUUUUUAAAAACUUACAUCCCUUUUAGAAAAUCUUUUUAAUUUGGAAUUUGUUGUAGGCUUGCAAGCAUUGAACAUUUUUAGUUUCAACCAUUAUAUUAAAUGUUUUUGUAGUUGACAUCAGUUAUUUUUAGCAAUGCAGAGCUAUCACAGGACACAAUAAGAAGUGUAAUGUGUGCCUUAAGAACAAAAUACUAAAGAAGAGAGUAUUAUAGUAUACCAAAUGCUAUAGAAAUGUUAACAGAAUAAUGUGGUUUUCAACUAAUAUAACAAACGUAUACCUAAAAAUGCUUUUUCCAUUGGAAUAACAAAUGAUAAUACAUUAAUAACCUUAAAUUGAUACAAAAUAAUAAACCUUACGCUUUACGUUAAAAAGAAUGGAAAAAUAUCAAUUGCAGUUGUCGCUAUAAUAAAGAAAGCAGGGUAGUGGUAAGCGUGGUGUUUAAAAUGGUGGCCAUACAUCUCAUAAGGGUCCUGAACUUUGUGAUGAAGAGCUAUGAAUACAAUAUAAGAGAGCAUGGGGAGCCUCAUAGUCACAAUGAAUUGAUCAAGACUCGACCCUACCCCCUUACCCUUCAUACUAAACUGCACAUUUUUCACCGGAAAUUAAUACAUACUCACUGUUUGAGUCCAAUUCAACUCAACCUUUAUUUUACGACUACUACCCCAUUGGCAAAUUUAGUUUAGCAGGCUCCUAAUUUACAAAAAUCUGUUUCCAUCUGAUACCCAGCAGUCAUAAAUGCCUCAUAUGAUAAACCAACCAUCCAUCGAAUUGGCUGGGAGAGAGAACUGGGAAUAUCUUAUUUAGAUGAAGAUUGGAAUAUGAUUUUGUUGUUUACUGCUAAUAUUUCUCACUGAACCAACCAUACAGAACUUUACUACACAUCACUGUUCAUUUGUUAUUUAACACCUGCCUGAUUGAGCCAUGUGUAACUUGGUGUUUCUUCAAUAAGGUGGUGCAAAUGCGGUGGCAUGUGUUAAAGAUAUACAUUAUUCUGUCAUUAUUAAGUUAUUUUAGGGGCAUACGUACAGAGCAGCCAAGUGUAGGAGCAAUCAUUAAAUAUCACCAUCCUCUGCACUGUCAUUGUACAUCACCCACACUGCCAGUGAGAAGAAAAGUUGCAAAAUAAAAUUACAUUUAAUUAGACAGGAAGGCUCUGCAUGGGAAGCAAGUCCAUUUUUAGUUACAAUUAAAUUGCAUUCUGUUUUUUAAUCACUAAAAAUAUACCCUUAGAAUGAAUAUGGAACUUGGACCAUGACCACAUGAGUUUAAACGUUCUGAAAACAUUUCCUCAGGGUAAGACCCAGACCCAGACGUCUCCAUUGCAUAUUAUAUCUGUUUUUAUUCAUCUAUUUUGCCUCAUUACCAUGCUGCCUUUGAUAAUAUCCUGGAAGGUCAAAAUGUCAUUUCUAACUUCCUCUCAUCACAUCAAAGAUAAGGACCAAUAAGGGGUUGAAUAAUUUUGAGACAGGAGAAGUCCUUAUAAGUUGCAUUUUCAGUUGAAUUUGGGGAAACCACUUGAAGCAUUCGUUGUGUUGACCGCUUAUGUUUGCUUUGUUCAUUGCUAACAUCUGAAAGUCUAUACAUUUUGACAAGAAACCCGAUUUACAAUGGGGGUUGAAAAUUUUGUAUUACAUCUGUAUUACAUAUUUAUAUACCAGGCAAUAUUUGCAAUUCCUUUUUUGCCUUACCUCUUGCAAGUGACAAUUGUCCCCAGAAUUGGUCUCUUCUAGAUCUUGUGAUACAAUUUACAUAUACUGUUGGUCUUUCCUAUUUAUUUGGUAGCUGCAGAUAGUGUGUGUAAUUAAUAUGAACAUGUUAUUCUAUUUUAUAUCCACAUUCUAUGAGAAUUCCACAUUUUGGAACGCAAGCCUUUCCUUUCUGAAUUACCUGCCGUUACAUCUUUGCAUAUUUAGAUUCUGUGUUGUCUCCACUUGAGCAACCCAUUCUUAUUUGGACUAAUAUGCAAUCUGCUAACAUUCAACACUGUCAACUGAACUGUUGAGUGGUGAAUAUUUUGUUGACAUAAAUUAUGGCUGACCAUUGAAAUUUGCCUUAUUCAAUCAAAUACUGCUCAUAGAGAGCGUUUGAUUGAUGCAGUGCAGCAUAUGUGCAUUAGCCUCCCAUUGCUUCCCCAUGAGGAAGCCCUGGAUUGGCUGAUAUCACCAAUUUUGAUUAUCUCAGCCAGGGAGGCAGAGUGGCUGCAGCAAGACCAGUGCAGCGUGGGAACACAGGUAAGCAAAAACUACAUUUUAAAACCGGGAAAAACGGGGGAAGAUUAGACACAUAACAAGGUAGGGAAUACAUGUUUGUAUUCCCAUUCAUUCUAAUACCUGAUAGUUACUGGUUGUGCUUUUAGGUCUCCUUUUUCAUAUGCUGGUGGAAAAGAGCUAGGCUUAGAGAAAAUCUCACACUAGAAGAAGGUUUCCCUCUUCACCCAUAAGUAAUUAGUAAUGCAGGUACAUGAAGCAUAUUUUCUGAUCAGUGUCAACUUUUAUUUUUCAUAAUGUUUUUAGAUCCUUGCUGGUCACUAUGUGCAGUCUUAGGUUCUUUUCUUAACAAUAAGAUUUAUUGGAAAGUUUGUGCUAAUUUUAUCACAGAUUACUGGCUACACAUAUGUUUUUUCUCCAAUGGUGAUCCUCCUCCAAGACACCACUGCAAUCAUCUCUUUUAAACAAGAGCCUGUAGUUAGUCAUCUGGUAAAUGUAUAAGAUUCAGACCUAUUCAUUGGAGCGAUCCACUGUACCCCACCCUACAAGAGUGAACUCACAAACUAGAAUUAAUUCGAUGCAUGGAGGAAUGGGCAUUUGUGUUCUAGAAACGAGGCAUACUUUGAUGCGCAUACCAUGGAAGGAAUUUCUGGUCUCUUGUUUUAUUUAUUUAUUUCUAUUUAUUUACUUUUUCACUCACUUUACUAGACUUCUAAAAGCUUUUAUCCUUUUGGCAUUUGAAAAGGUUUACUUAACUAGAUUAACCCAGUUUUGUUUUCUCGCAGACUGUCUUUUGACAUAGUGCUUUUAUUUUUAAGUCCACUUUCCUCUCUUUAGUACCCUAUUUGCCUCAGCAAUUACCUAUUGAGCACCAAAAAAAGGGAUGAUAGAUAUUCAUAUUUCAUAAGUAUUUUGAUCCAAGUCAACAAAAGCAAUCCACAUUGCAUCCAAAGAUUAUAGUGCUUUUUGUCAGCUGUUGCUUAUAUGCUCACUUGAUUGGGUUGGGCCCUAAUGACUCCAAAAUAAUAAUUUAUGUGCUUCCUGUGAGUAGGAAUUAUUCUCACAGUGGACACAUUUUUAAAUGAACUGUAUAGCUUUUUGAAUAGAAACAUGUAUUUCUAAUGCUGUUCGCUGUUUAGGACGUUAUCUCCCCCACAGUAAGGAGUACAACAAUGUAUUUGCUUACCUUUUCUCCUCACCGCAAUGUUCUUUCCAUGACUGACCCCACCUCCCUGGCUGAGAUUAUCAUUCUUCAUUCGUAUUUGGAGGCUAGUGUAAAUGUGUGGCAAAACACAACGCUGUACCAAUUAUAUGGUGCUUAUGAGACCUUCUAAUUGAAAUAGUUGAGUUUAAAGGACCACUAUAGGCACCCAGACCACUUCAGCUUAAUGAAGUGGUCUGGGUGCCAGGUCCAGCUAGGGUUAUCCCUUUUUUCUAUAAACAUAGCAGUUUCAGAGAAACUGCUAUGUUUAUAUUAGGGUUAAUCCAGCCUCUAGUGGCUGUCUCAUUGACAGCCGCUAGAGGCGCUUGCGUGCUUCUCACUGUGAUUUUCACAGUGAGAAGAUGCCAGCGUCCAUAGGAAAGCAUUGAGAAUGCUUUCCAAUGGACUGGCUGAAUGCGAGCGCGGCUCUUGCCGCGCAUGCGCAUUCAGCCGAGGAGGAGGAGAGGAGGAGGAGAGCUCCCCGCCCAGCGCUGGAGAAAGAGGUAAGUUUAACCCCUUCCUCACCCUAGAGCCCGGCGGGAGGGGGACCCUGAGGGUGGGGGCAGUAUGUUUUCCUGGCACUAUAGUGGUCCUUUAACUCCUCAUCCUGAAAUAUAUUCAGAUCCAGGAACACUAUUCUAUCUUUACUAGAUUACUGUGUAAAAUUUAGACCUAUAUCAUUUUGAUUGACAUGGAUAACAAAUUUUAAAAGAUCUUCCUAACUUCCUCAUUACACUAACAGGAUAUCAAAUAUGAACCGCUUAAAAACACAAUAUUCUUAAAAAAGGAGUUAUUAUUCCAAAUAUAUCUACUAUAUCUACUACUCAGAUUUGUAGAACCUUUUGAAAAGCUUAUCAAACACUAUGAAUUGUUGAUGUUAUUUUUAAUGUUCAUUACGAUGCUGUAAAGGGUUUACCUUUCAUACCUGUAGAAAAGUAAUACAGUUUUUAUUGAAAUUAACGUUUAUACACCAAAAUUAACCAGUUUAUACCCAAAUGCCUGCAGCAAUACCCUUAUAAGAAUACAAAGCUAAUGCAUAGCUAGAUAAACAAGAACUUGCACAUUACAUUUUUCUUUUUCUUUCUUUUAGCCUGUACGCUGGCAUUUAGACUUACAGCCGUGGGCUAGUUUUAGCCACUCACUAAAUGACGAGGCAAAAAGAUUUCUUCGCUACAUUACAACAGCUCAGGUAAGUAAGGAUAUACAGUAACAGAUAUUGGGAAGCAUUGGAAGGCUAGUGUGCAUGCGCGACAAAUUGCAGUGCUGAGCCAAUCAAUUGCUGCUCUAUAAGUGUCUCCAGUAGCUGACCUGUCACUUUUUUAUAUUAUCAUGUCCCAAUCCCCUCCUCCUCAUUAUUUGGACCUCCCUUUUUUAAUAUGCUCAAUUUCCUAAUUAGGUUAUAAUUGAUUAAUUUCAUAAUCUAUACAUACGGAAAAGUAGGGACUUUUUUUUAUUAUUAUUAAUACUAUUAUUGAAUAUAUAUUAUUAAUAAAGGGAAUUGGCAACCAGAAUGCCCUGUGAAACAUUGGAUCAAUUUUUUCAUGAUAAUUAAUAGACACAUAAAAACAGAUAUCAGAGAGAAAUGUACAUUAAUUACCAAAAUUGAAGGUACACAAUGUGUAGAACAUGACUGCGUUUUUUAAUGCAUUACUUAAAGAUACACUAUAGGCACCAGAACAACUACAGCUUAAUGUAGUUGUCCUGGUGAGUAUAAUCAUUUCAGAGAAAAGGCAGUGUUUACAUUGCCCCCUAGGUAUACCUCCUGUGGCCACUCCUCAAAUGGCCACUGAAGGUGCUUCCUGGGGCAGAGCUGCUGCUUUUCAGCGUCUCCACGUUCUGCAUGGAGAUGCUGAAAUUUUCUCAUAGUGAUGCAUUGAUUCAGUGCAUCUCUAUGAGGAUAGUGCUGAUUGUCCAGGGCUCUGUUUGGCUUAUCCUGGUUCUGCCCUUGUUCGGCCACACCCCCAUCCAGCCUCCUCACCGUAUUCAUUGGAUUGGCUAAAAAUUGUAAAUUCUGAGAUGUCACCAAUGAGGCAGAUCGGGGGCCGGGCCAGCGCAGGUGGAUUCGCUCGGCACUGGAAAUAAGGUAUGUUUUAAUCCUAAAUGGUGGUUUUAACACUAUAGGGACAGGAACACAUGUUCGUGUUCUUGACCCUAUAGUGUUCCUUUAAGUAACACAUUCCAGUGAGGCAAAAAUAACAAAACCAAACAAAAAAGUACUUUGAGUGAAAGUUCCUAAAAUCGCAGCACUUGCAUUGUAAAUUGCUACAGCAGUAAGAUUAGCCACUUAUUCUGCCUGUGGGGUUUUCUCACACAUAGGAUGAGUGGAACUGCUCAAUAAGCUGACAGCAGUUUCUGAGCCGUUUUCACAGUUUUGUGAACUGGGCUGUCCGCAGCAAUCUUCCGAGCUAUGAUCUCCCUAAUUUAAUAAAGUAACUUAGAAGAAAGGGAAAUGGGGUUAUUGAGGACUCACACAACAAAAAGUAUAAUUAUGAUCAGAAGCUUUUUAGAGACAAGUUUAAGUAUGUUCUUCCCUGCCAAUCAGCAUGUGCAUAUGUGAUUAACAUUUAAAUCUCCCCUUCAAAUAUGGGACUCUGGAUUUGAUUUAAUGCUGUAGGGUCCAAUUAGUACCCACUUUCUCCUGAGUACCUGGAGAUGGGAGACAAACAUGAGUGGACCUUACUCAAAACAUCCUUAAUAUGGAAUGCAAAUUAAAAAAAUAAAACAUAUAAACAUUCUCAAUAAUUAUAAUUAAAUGUAUAUUAGCAAUAUCUAAAAAAAUAUACAUUAUUAAUGAUGUAAUGGAACAAUUCUGUAAGGAAUUUUUUCUUUGGCUGGUUGAAAUCCCAAUGGUUCGAUUUCAUUUAUUCAUCUGUCUGAGAUCAGAGAUCACUAUGCAUCCUGCAAUUUUCAUGCAGUCUCAAUGGCAAGGCAAACUUUGUCAAAUUUAUACAAAUGACUCUCUGAUAGGUUUAGUUUGGCAAUUUGCUUUAGAUUCCACAAGUAACAAAUAUCUCUUUUCCCCAUAGAUAUUUUGUUCUCAGAUGGUGAACAAUGGUCUGUCAAAUCAGAUUGAGGACACAUUAAAGCCUUGGACUGUCUGCUUGGAUGACAAAUUUGAAUUAUCUCACCAGAUCAGAAGUAAACAAUGUCGCGUUUACUCAUUGGGGUAAGUUUGUUUUUUGGCGUUGUUUUGCAAAGCAGUUAAGUUUGUGUACUGUCUCGUCUCACAAAUGUUUGAAAUAAGGCUGAGUGUUUUUCUCCUUUGUGUGUCUGUAUGAUUUAGUGCAUACACUAAAGGGAAACGUCACGUUGACCUGCUUUGCAAUCUAUUAUAUCGAUAAUGUGUUGAAAGAUGCAAAAAAUGACAUUUAAAAAAACAACAACAACAGAUAUCUUCCCAUGUCAUUUAUUUGUAGUAUAUUGGCAACUUCUAAGACGAAGUUCAAUAAUUUUUCAUUUUCAACACAUCCUGGUCCUCCCACUGUUCUUAAUGGGAGCUCAUUGAAUGUUCCAUAGAUUACUGCCCAGUAGAGCAUUUGGGGAUAUAUACUUGAGCAAUUAGGAAUAGCUCAUUUGCUACUCUGCAUUCUAAUAGUUAUUUGAAUGCAUUACCUAUUAGCUCGCCUAAUAGCUUCAUUCAUUCACAGCUUGAAUGUGUGCAGGCAAUCACAAUAAUUACCAACAAUAGCAGGGCUUCCAUCAGUGGGGUAAAGCCAAACGAGAACAGGGUUGCAUAACCCCAAUGUGGAUAUGUAUAUAGAGUAUCAAUAUGUGUGUUUAUAUAUAUAUAUAUAUAUAUAUAUAUACAUAUAUAUAUAUAUAUAUAUAUAUACACCUGCGGGCCACUGCUAGCUUCUACCUCUGGUAGUGUCCUCUUGUGAGCUGUGGCUGUCACACCAUUGCCGCAGGUUAAUGCUUCAUGCAACAUGCUAGGCUUGCAAGAGAGGGAGAGGACCUGCUGCCUGGCUGUUGGAGGGUGAAGAUGGAGUCUCCCAGACCCCUCUUCAAUAUAUGCAACAAAUUUCAAAAACUGUCCACCCCCACAGUCCCUAUCUAACAACACAAACUAACACAAGCACACACUGUAUCUACUACACACACACUGCAUCCACUACACACUGCUUUCACUACACACACACUGCAUCCACUACACACACUAUCCAUUACACAGUGCAUCCACUAGACACACUGCAUUCAACACACACACACACACACACACACAUACUGCAUCUACUGCACACACUGCAGCCAACACACACUUCAUCCACUACCCACACACACACACACACUUCAUCCACUACACACACUAUAUCCAACACAAACUUCAUCCACUACACACACACACUGCAUUCACUAUGUACACAGACACUGCAUCCACUCACACACACAUACACACUCUGCAUCCACUACACAUACACACUUUAUAUCCACUAUACACAAAUACUGAAUCCACUUUACACAAACACGCUCUCUGUAUCCACUAUACACAUAUACACACACUGCAUCCACUGAGUACACACACUGCAUCCACUGAAUACACACACUGCAUUCAAUUUACUUAUUCUUGUGUAUGGACUCGGAGAUGAGCCCUGUGGGUGGGCUCUGGGGCAAGCAACCAGUGCCAAGGUGAUGGCAGCCCUGAACAACAGAGAAAGUAACAAAUGAACUUCUUGUGCUAUAACCUAUACUAUGCGAUGAGCAUCUUUAUGGUGCUUUCAUUGUCUUUUUGAUCAGGCUUUGUAUGCACCAGGAAUAUGAAAAGUUACAGGGGCACUCUAGGCACUCGCACAUCUUAAGUGUAGGUCAGGCUACAGUUGGUUAUGUACUUUUUAAUAUGUAUUUUAAGUAUAAAUAAUAAUCUAAAGGCACAUGGUACAGGGUUAUACUAUUUGUCAUCUACCUCAGAGAACCAUAAGAACAUGCUUUAAAGAUAAGAGUGUGCUAGAAUUUUGUUUAGGGUGAAAAGGAAUAAUGACAGGUACGAAAAAAUGAUACUAAAGUGGCUUAGUGUAUCCCAUUGUUUAUUAUCCUUUAAGAAUAACAAUUGCUCCAUACGACAAGCUCUCUCCUAAACUGUAAUGGUAUCCUUUUUGCUCCAAUAGUAAAAUGGUAUGUAAUACCAUAAGGCUGCACAGCAAAGGAAGUUCUGUCUGUUUACAGGAAAAAAGCAGACAACCAAAAUACAACUCCCAGAAAGCACCGCCAUGCAAGGAAGUUUAGGAUAAGCUGUGCACUGCUACAGAUAUUUAAAAGAACACUACUACUUUAGAGAGAAAAAAUGUUUAUUUUUUAACAUUGGAUGGUUUAUUUUUUACUUUAGAUUUAAUGGUCCCCCAUGUACCUGUAAUCCUAAAAUGUCCUUUUGUUACAGGACUAGAAAUUAUUUUACAUCCAAUCCUAUGCUUCUCUUAGGGAAGCCUUAGGAGGCAGGCAUGUGUGGCAAUAGCAGAUAUCUCUUGCAGAGAUGUGUUAAAACCAGGACUUCUCCUUGAGAAGCCCCAAUUUCACCCUGAGUGAGUGAAUAAACGGAACCCUCUGGUUGAAAGCCAUGAGGUGUUACUAAAGGGAGGUUAUAAAAGGGUUGAUUUAUCUGGAAAUACAAAAUAAAGCAAAGGACAGUUAACCCCUAAUGCACUUCAGCAAGCUAGGGGUUGUAAGUGUUCCUUUCAAAGAUCAAUUGGCGAGUCACUUCCUGGUAAUAGCAGUCUACUGUCAGGGGUGUCCUUUAAAAGUGUAAAAUACUCUAUAAUCAGAAAUAGAUAUUUUUAAUGUAACGAUUAGAUUGUUCUUAGUAACCUGAUCACCUUUUAUGUGAGCAUAGCCGUCGUGUACAAUGUAUGUACCUGCAGUUUACAUUUGAUUAAAUAAUUUAAAGGAUUAUUCAAACAUAUGACAUAUCAUGCUCUUUGCGUAAGCUAAUAGUGUAAGGAGGUCCCAUGUUUCCUUGCACAAAUUUGCUAGGAACUGUAGUAAUUGCCAUUAUUACCGGGUUAUUCACUAAAGUGGAAAUUCAGAUGUAAGGUAAAAGUAGGCAAAAUGUAAAAAUUCUCUUAGUCCCGUUCGGCAUCUUUGGCCCUAAAUUUGACAUUCUCUUUGAAUUCUCACCUUAGUGUUGGAGCCUGAGCAGUAGUCAUAACAUUCACUACAAACGUCUUACAGCUCCACACACAUAACUGCGGGCUAGUAGUUUUAAUUUUUAUCUAUAAAAAUACUGAAUGAUUGUUGGAAGCAUUCGGCAAUGCCGAUAAAUAUUCAGAUCAGAAGGUCUGCAGGGCCUUCAUUCGGUGAGUAGAUUUCUGCUGAAAAAAGCGAUGAAUCUCGAAGUAUAUGCUUACAAUCUGAGGAGCACCUUCCACGUGCCCCUUACUCUUCGGCAGUCAGGCACUUAAACUAUUUCUUUAUCAAAGACAGGACUCAAAGGAAUUUAACUUUUACGAUUAGAAUGUGGAUGAGUCAUUUCUUCUGGACAUGAUACAUCUGUUGAUGUUGAGAAAGGUUAAACAUGAACUUGAAAAGCCAAAUCAUUAUUUAAAGUGGAACUAUCAUCUGAAUAUUGUAUUACAUAUAUUUCAACACAAAGUGAAUUUGUCUAAUUUGUGCUAAACAGUGUAGUCCAGUCAUUUAAUUGUCCGUAUAUAUCAAUACAGGAUUUAUCUAACUAGUAGAUUAUUCUCAGUGAUCUGACCACCGAUUAGGGAACUGUCCCCAACAAGCAUAGUGUGAGCUACGAAUCAGUGCUCACUGAAGGGAAUACAAAGCAUUUGCUGAACCGAUAAAUAACACAAGCAGAAUACGGCAACAUGCACACCUUAAUUGAAAUUUCCCAGUGGUCCCCGAAGUCUACAAACAACAUUUCAUUAAAGUGUUAUCUAAAAUGCUCCCAUAUACAUUGAAUAUACAUAUCACAGCUAUACAUUCACUGUAAAAUAUGGAAAUGUACUAGUUUUUCCUUCAUUCCAGCGCUGCCAUCUUCAAGGUUUGCGGGUGUUACUCUACAUGUAAACAUCUUACAACAACAAUUUUGCAGAGGAGAGUAUACUCUAUCACUUUAAAUCCUGACAACAGGCUGCAAACCUAGGUAUUUUUUUACACAAAUAUAAGAUAAAGAACAUACAAUAAACUCAAAACAGAAGACACAGUGAAAAGGCUGGAAUCGGUACCAAAAAAAGUAAUAAUGUUACCAUCAAUAGUCUACCAGGGCAGGACAUAAGCCACUAAACCCCCAACAUUUCGUCACACUACUAGAUGCUUUUUUUACUGUGUGUUGUGUCUGUACUCUUCAUGUAAUACCCACCUCUGAACCAGCCUCAAUUGAAGCCAGCGUGCCAGUUUCACGCCGUUCCUAUACUCCCUAGUCAGAGCUAGCAGGGUUGACUAUGGAGUUUCCAUAGCAACCCCAGCGGAUGCGCUGUGUUUGCUAUAGGUGGAGAGCAGAGGGACCUUAAUAGUUUUUUUCCUCUUAAUCUAUACAUUUGCAAGUAAAACUGCAAGCACAAUGUGUAGAUAAUGUCUUGAGCUCAAUCUAAUGAACAUAAGUUGUUUGGGGCAUGACACAUGCCUUUUAAGUCUAGGCACCAUUCAGAUCAAGCCACCCUGUAAUUAUUAGUAAUACUGUACAUAUGUUUUUAACACCGAUCUUUAUUACAUGUAAUUUAUUGUACAAACCUUGAGAUACCGUGAGACCCUUUGAGAUAUGUCAGAGAAAAUUAAUCUUGUAUUAGUGAUUAUUUAUUAAUAACUUCAAAAUAUUCCAGUGUGUGAAUAAAAAAGCAGCAUUUUAAGCGAUCCUAUUUUGACACUAUUGAAGGAAAUCCUUAGUGACUUCUCGUCCUAGUUAUCUGAAUUUUAAGCAGUGUAAGAAAGGCUACCGGAACUGGACAAUAUCCUUAUCUGUCAUGAUUAGGAGCAAUAUGGGUUCUCUGCCAAUCUGCAGAAUUAAUUUAGUUUUUAUCUCAUGCAUUAUUUUGAGCCCUUCAUCAUAUUAAUAAUUAGGUCAAUGUAAAAACGUGUUAGAUGUGCCUAUAAUUACUUAAUGCUCCGUUUUAAUUGUCAUGAAAUUACAUAUCUGAAACCUAUGAGGGUCACGUGAGCAAAUGUGUUUGUGUCAUUUUUAUUAGCACCUUUAUAAUCAAAUGUAGUAAAUUUCAUGCACUCCUUGUGAUAAUUACUUUAUUAGAGACUAACACACAUUAUUCUUUGAUAUACCAAAGGAAAGGGCAAAAAAAUUUUAUUUUUCAAAUUGUGUAUAUGUUUUCAUUUUCCAUCAUAAUUUGUUUGUGACAUGAGAAAACAAAAUCUACACUGCUAUAUUUAACUCUUUUCUUUCUACAUCAUGGUUUCCUGUCUUUUUCUGCUAUUGAAUAUAAAUAUAAUGUUUAUGUUUUUCUCAUUUGAAUUGUGUGCCUUGACUGUGCCUGGACUGAACUAGAUUAUGACGUUGCUAUCUAAAACAUUAAAAGAAUUAAGUAUUCAUGGUCUUCCCAUCUGUCUGUCAGUCCAUCCCUGUCUGUCUGUCUGUCUAUCUAUCUAUCUGUCUAGAUAGCUGUCCAUCUAUCUGUCUAGAUAGCUAUCUAUCUAUCUAUCUAUCUAUCUAUCUAUCUGUCUAGAUAGCUGUCCAUCUAUCUGUCUAGAUAGCUGUCCAUCUAUCUGUCUAGAUAGCUGUCCAUCUAUCUGUCUAGAUAGCUAUCCAUCUAUCUGUCUAGAUAUCUAUCUAUCUAUCUAUCUAUCUGUCUAGAUAGCUAUCCAUCUAUCUGUCUAAAAAGCUAUAUAUCUGUGAAAAAUAGCUAUCUGUUUAUCUAUCUGUCUAGAUAUCUACCCAUCUAUCUGUCUAGAUAUAUAUGCAUCUAUCUAUCUAUCUAUCUAUCUAUCUAUCUAUCUAUCUAUCUGUUUAUCUCUCUCUCUAUCUAUCUAUCUAUCUAUCUAUCUAUCAAUCUAUCCAUCUAUCCGUCUAUCUAUCUAUCUAUCUAUCUAUCUAUCUAUCCAUCUAUCUGUCUAGAAAGCUAUCCAUCUAUCUGUCUAGAUAUCUAUCUGUCUAGAUAGCUAUCCAUCUAUCUGUUUAGAUAGCUAUCCAUCUGUCUGUCUAGAUAUGUACCCGUCUAUCUGUCUAGAUAUGUACUCGUGUAUCUGUCUAGAUAUCUACCCCUCUAUCUGUCUAAAUAUCUACCCGUCUAUCUGUCUAGAUGUCUAUCUGUCUAGAUGUCUAUCUAAAUAACCCAAGUGACAUGUAUCUCAAAUAAAAACUUGAAUUACACAAAAGUGCUCUUUAUGGUAAUAAUUACCAUUCAAAUUCUAUCAGUGUCAUCUUUUCUGAUGGAAAAGGAAGCACUGCAGUCAGUUUGCAUUGUAUGUUCUACCCUUUGUCUUACGUGGAAGGAGUUAAUUUGUUCAGAUAUGAUAUCCCCUUGUGUUAAUGUAUAAACGGAACUGUAAAGAAAUGUUCUGUUGUAUGUAACUCUGCACGCAGGAGAAGGCAAAGUAUGUUUACACUGUGCGUUCCUUCUUUCUGGCACUGAUGUUGUAUUUUAAUUUUCAGCAGGCUGUGUCUUAUCCAUGUAGACAUUUGGCACAUUUAUGUUUUGGCAACCAAUAACAAGACGUGGCAAAACCAUUUGUUUAAAAAAUUGCAGAGUCAAAUUUAUUUUUCAGCAAUUCUAUGUCCUACAAAAAGUCUUCUUUUAACCUGUUUAUUUUCAGGUGAUAUUGAUGUCAAACAGAUUAAGACGUAUUGAUUACUUAUAGAUCGUCAGAAGUUUUGUUUUGUCAAUGGAUCAAAAUAAUAUUGUUAAGAGGUGAUUUUGUUUUCAAUUUUUUCACAAUCUUUCAUUUUUUUAAAAUGUAAAUAGGAAUAUACAGGUAUAAAAAAUAGUAACAAGGAGGGAGAUAUAAACCAUGCAUGUAAAUUGUAAGCUCUAUAUUCAUCAAAACACAAAACAAGGUGCAACUAUUAAUUAAUUAAACUAAACCAACUCACACAAAUACCCGAAGUCGCAGAAUGGAAUGUGAAGAGUAAAAUGGAAAAACAUAAGAAAAUACCGUAGCGGAGGAGGAAGAGGAUGGAAAAAAAGUGAUGGGGAACUUAGUUCAAUGCAGUAACAUCUCUGCAGGUUGAAAUGGUAAGUCCAGAGUGACAAUGUCAGAUAUAGCAGAAUGAAAGGAGCCACCAGUUGUUCUCGGAAGAGCAAGUAUAAACAUUUUGAGCAUUGUUCAUCCAGCAUGCUCCAGAUUCUGUUCCCAUAUGAUCUGUUAGCGUGGGGGUUCCUUCUAACGAAGUAAGUAAAACUUGGUAGAGAGAGAAGAUUUCUCCUUCUAAUAGGGUUAUUUAGUAAAGUGAGAAUUGUCGGGAUGUCAAAGUGUAAGCGAAGCUUAAGUUCUGAGUCGCAGAACUGAAAAAGUUCUCCCAGUCAGCUAUUCUUCAAGUUUUGCAAAUUUUUAACUUAAAUUUGAAAUUAAUUUUGAAUUCCCAUCAGUUCUUACUUUAGUGAAUUAACCUUUAAACAUUCCCUGCCCAAGCACCUCUUCUUAAAGGGAAAAUGCACCCUGCGCAGUUUAUGUCUAAGAGUUAAGAACCUAUAAAAAGGUAAAAAGUUGCAAUAACACUCUUUCAGAGUUAUUCACAAUGGAGAGAAUUGUUGGGAUUUUAAAGUGAAUUUAAAUUUAAGGCCAAAGUAACUGAAUGAAAUCAUAGCUGACUUGGAUAAAUUUUCAAGCUCAGCUAUUUUAAACUUAAAUUUGAAAUGCAGUUUGUAUUCCUAUUAAUUCUCACUUUAGUCAAUAACCCUAUUAAUGUCUGGUAGGGGAAGUAUACUGUUUCCGAAGCUUAUAGAUUGCACUAGAUUCCUAGUUACACAGGAACCCCAGAAUUCAGGAUGCAUUCAUGGUGGAAAUUUUAGGUUGUCUGGCAAGAGAAGGAGCAAGGCCAGAUUAAGAGCCCAUUGGGUCUGGUGCUGACAAUUAUGAUGGGCCUAAUUACAGAAUCUAAUUGACAGAAAAACAAGAUGCAUUUAUAUGAAUACACAUUUCCUAUGCUAAUCUCUCGCUUUCAUCUCCUAACCAAAUUCAUACCCCACAACAUUGGCGUCAUGUGAAUCAGUACUUUGGUGGCGGGGUAAAAUGAGGUGGACGGCGGGCCAGUAAUGAGAAUCGUGUCACUGGCACCACCAAACGGGGUGAACCUGCCUGGAGAAGAGUGCAGGUCUACCCAAAGAAUAGGAAGGUCAGCAUGAAAUAAAUGGUUGCAAGGCUGUCUGCCCGUCAUCCAGGCUGGCUAACUAAGGAUGGGCUAUGCACCCUGAGCUCGGCAUGAAUGCAUCUAAUGAUAUGUUCUCUCUAUGCAUUCUCGGAACGGUUCACUGGUGCCCCCAGAGCCUACUUGUCCACUCCUUCCCUUGUUACUUGCAGGCAGAUGCAGGGCUGGUGAAUGAACUUUUGCCCUCCUAGACGAAACAUUUUGCACUACAUAUGCACCACUACAGACAAGUUCAUUGAUGCACACAUACAGAGACAAGCUUACUGACAUACACACGCUCAUUACAGACAGGCUCAGUGGCACACACAUAUUCACUCUUACUCUCCCUUGGGAACUAGCGCCCUAUACCACUGCAUAAAUUUCAUAAUGGAAGCCCCAGCACUGGACAGAAGCUCUUGGUAUGCAGUCUGUGAUAGAGAAACGAUGGGUAUAUUGAGUAUAGAAGAAAUAUAUACACAGAAUGAAAUGUCAGAUUUAUCUUACAUUUAUAGUCAGUCAGUGCCCACAUCCGUCCUACGUCCUCAUACUUAAUUCACUCUGCACAAAGCAAGAGCAUGUGAAGAGAAGUAAAAAAAUUAAUGGGCCUGUUCUAUGGGCAUAGGCCUGGAGCUUCAGUUAAUCCAACUGUGGGAAGGAGUGAUAUAAGAGGGGAAUGUAUAAUAUGGGCACCAUUUGUAAAAUUAGAAAGGAUUAAACUGCUUAUAGAAAAUAUGAGAUGCAAAUAUAACUGGGGCAUCAGAGUUUAAUCAGUGAUGUUAAGAGAUGGAGCAACCAAUAUAAUAAUUAAAGGGACUUUAUAGUCACCAGAACAACUACAGCUUAAUGUAGUUAUUCUGGUGAGCAUAACAUGUCACUGCAGACUUUUUGCUGUAAACACUGCUCUUUCAGAGAAAAGGCAGUGUUCACAUUACAGCCUAGGGACACCUCCAGUUAUACUUCCUCCUUUUUAAUUCUUUAUUUUCAAAAGCAUAAUAAGGUACAACAAACAGACUGUUACAUUGCAGCGCAGAGAUAAAAUAAACAAAAGAAUGCAAUUGUAACAGAAAAUAAAAUAGUCAGAGGCUAGAGUUAAUUUGUGAUCGGAAAAAGGAUUACUUUGUCUUAUCUAACAGAAUUCUGGUACCUGCCUGAUAUGCAACAGUUGUCCGCAGUUUUACUACACUGGAAGAUAGGCGAAAACCCUAUUAGUACCAUAAUACCAUCACAUUAUCUCAUUGCCCCUAUACCAGCUGAUCUAAUCUUUGUAAUUAUCCCUUUCACUGCUCUGGGUAAAAGCUGCAAAGUGCUGCUGUAGCCCACUGCAGCAUUAGAGGUUAAAUAAAUUAGACUAUUGUUUGGAGUGUCCCAGGACCCAAUGACAAUGUGAUCCCACCGCCCAACCAGUCGCAUAAUACAUUUAAAGGAUUGGAUAUAUUCAACCACUUGCUAAAUGGCUUGCUGUUCGAAUAUAUGAUGCUCUGCUGCUCAAAAAUAGUAAUAAGUUUAAAACAUAAAUUUCAUUUCUUUUACAAAGUAAUUUAAUCUGUAAGUGCAGAGAUAGCUUUUCCGUCAAAGAUUAUAACAGUUUAUAUUAUAGCAUAUGGUCAGACAGCUGUUGGUAUGUUUACUGGUGAUAUAGCGCCAUAGUGGUUAGCACUAAAUAAAUAACUCGCAGUAAUGAAACCUAGAAUUUAUCUUCUGCCCGCAUUACAUACUUUAUUGGCCUAAAGAUAUCCAUAGAAUCAGUCACAAACUAAGAUGAUUUAUUGUAUAUGUCAUUAAAUAUAACAUUAAGAAAAGAACACCUCCCAGAAUAGUACAUCUGGCAGUUCAACUAUUAAAUGAAUCCUGUUUUGCUGACUUCUGGAUUGCACAUGAACUGGAAUUUGUUGUCCCUACAGAGCACCUGUUCACUACCAUAGUGCAAUCAGUGGGACAAUGAAAAGGGGUUUAAUAAAAAAAAAAAGCAGCAAAGUAUGGUGAUAUAAAAAAAAACUAAUUGAAGAAUUAUGGUUUUGGUGUGAUUAUAGCAGAGUUUAAGCAAUCUUUCAUCUAAAUUUUGAAAUUUGAUAAUACAGUAUAUCCGCCAACUUUGAUCUGGCUGGAAUUGAGAUAAUUUAGAUAAAUAUCGUCAAACCCAGCUUAAAGCAGUUCUGUCUUUUUUUUUUCUUUUGAAUUUCCUUUCCUUAUGCACCCUGUAUUUUAAUGAUUACACUCCAAUUAUUCUCUUUUCUUCCUUGUGCCAGAUCUCAGUAUCUGGGUGCAGCUAUUUUAUUCUCCUCCACGAUGUCUGCAGUUUACCAUUUUGAUAUUGAUUUUUCUGAUGGAUUGUGGGUAAAUUUGAUUGGCAAAUUAAAUAGAACCUUGCGUAAGCUCUGCCCAUCGUCAAGGUUUGUCAACUGCUAUGCAUAAAGUAAAGUAGACCCUACUUGGAAUAUGUUUUAUGACAUUAAAUUUUAUGACAGCGCUCAGGGAAAAAAAAAUAAUUCAUACACAUGGAGCUAUUCAGAAGCAGAUUAGAGAAAGCUUACUUUUUGUGACAUUGCUGCUUUAAGUGUUCUGGUACACUAAUGUGUCUUAAUGCAGAGAGCUUUUACACAAAUAAAAUACUGAACCACUGCACAUGCAAGUCACUCUUGCUAAAAUUCCAACCUCUCAGUACUAAAUUGUUUGUGUUUUAUUACAUGCAUUCACUAGUGUUCAUUUUGAUAUUCGUGUGUGCUGUGCUGUUACUCUAACCUCCUCAGUUUACUUUCUUUACCUCAAUUCACUGUCUAGUUACUAGUAGGACUGGUCCCAUAUGCAGCUUCUUUAUACAAUGGUUAGAUUGUACAGAAGCACAUCUCCCUAGCUUCAGUUACAAACUCCUUCUAAAGAGACUAAGUGUGUCUGUUUUCUAAACCUCAAGAUGCAGUGCCAUGAGAACCAACUUGCUUAAUGUAGGCCAAAUAGAGGAGAUACAAUAAAUUCCACAACUUUUCUUAAUUAGUGCAUUUAUCCAGAGCUCGUUCCUCCAAACAGUCCUAGGACUGGUGGGACAUUCUUAGUUUCCAGGUCCUGUUCCACCAUCCCAGAUGGCGCACAGCUAAGAUGGCCCUACCAUGACAGACCCUUCCCUCUUCCAGACAGUUCUGCGACUCAUUACAUCACAGCCCUUUCUCUUGGGUCUGCCUCGGGUCCCGAGUUGAUACCUUCCAAUGCUAGGAGAUAUGAGAACGUGUUCUACUUUAAUUAUUCAAGUGGAUUCUCAAAUUACACACACUUGCUGUAAAUUGUAUACAAUACUCCCACAUAUUCUGCACUGUAUGUCACCUCAGAUCUAUUAGAGAUUUUAUUGCCAACUUUACAUUUUUUCACCGCUUUAUUAUAUCAUUUUCUCUUUCGGGUUUGAAGAACUAGCAUAAAUCUCCCAAUUUGUUGUCCAUCAUUGCACUCUUUGCAUAUGGGAUUUACUUGGAGUAGAGAUGUCUUCUGCUGGUACUGUGUGUCACUAGCGACAUCCUCAAUGCAUGCAGCCUGUGAAUAAAGAUUAUUUUUUAAACUGGAAAGAAACACCACACAGUUCAAUGUUGUCCAAGAAACCAAGCUAAAGAAAUCAUUAUAUAAGAAAAUGAACAUAUAAAAUAAAAUAGCCACUCAAAGUUUAAUGUAGCUUAGUAUUAUGACUAAAAUCCUGUUAGGGUCCCCAGUCCCUCACAUCUGUGGAGGGGGUGGGUGGUUACUGAGACUGAGCCUGUACAGUGGUUUCUAAGGAGCUAUCUUUCUAAUCACUGAGCCUUUGCUUAUUGUUAUGUAAUACUCACUGUAGUGUAUAAGUGAUUAUUCCAUCACCAUAGCAACACAAUAUAACAUUCUCCAAGUUCUCUCUACCACACAAACUGCACACUAAGGAGGGGGAUGCUCCAUUUAAUAUGCACUGUCACUGCUCUCUCGAACUUGGCUUUCCUCUUCACAGAAAAUCUAGUCACAGUUUAUAUAACCAGUUUUCACUUUAUUGAAAACAUAUGUCCUUUUGGAGCACUCACUAAGCAAAGUUUUUUUCAGUACAGUUAUUUUUUUCCCCAGUAUGUUGUGUUAUUCAGAGGUCUUGUGUCGAGCUCUGCAGGAUUCUCUUAAUAAAUUCCCAUUGAUCACCAAAUAUUAAAUAUUCCAAAAUUACAUAUACAGUGGGACCUCGGUUUACAAAUUGAAUGCGUUCUCCGGGAGUUUUCUUAUUGCGAAAAAUUUGUAAACCGAAACGUGGUUUCCUAUAUGAAUGCUUUGAAAACCAAUUAAGCUGUUCUGGAGGUCAGAAAAAAAGUCAAAAUGAGCUGGCAUGGAAACCAACCCACAAUGCAGUACACCUAAUAAAAGGCAUGCAAAUGGCAAAGCGAAGCUCCCUAGCUUUCCACAGCCUGACAAAUGCACCAAAAAGUCCUAAAACAACUGCAAACAAUAUCCAGAAUGGCUCCAAAACAUGAUGCAAAAGCCGCUCCAACACCUCCAACAACUCCACACUCGAUGCCACGUGCUACCCACAGGCUCCAGCAUGCAGGGGCGGUGCUAUAAACCUCCCAGAUGCAAUGCAUCCUGGGGAAACUUGUUUUGUAUUGCGAAAAAAGUUUGUAAACCGAGGCAUUAUUUUCAAUGGAUUUUCAUUUGUAAACCGAAAAUUAUGUUAACCGAGGCGUUUGUAAACCGAGGUCCCACUGUACAUGUUUUAAAGGAGCUGAGAGAAGAAACAAAGUUUGCCGUGCGAACAGUGAUAUCAAAACCAUAGAAAAUUCAGAGUGCUUAGUGUGCAUAUCAACAAAUAUACUUAAAUGGACACUAUAGUCACCAGAACAACUAAUGCUUAUUGUAUUUGUUCUGCUGAGUAUAAUCAUUACAUUCAGGCUUUUUGCAGUAAACACUGUUUUGUUUUGGUUUUUUUGCAAAAAGGCAGUGUUUACAUUACAGCCUAGUGAUACCUCCACUGGCCACUCCUCGGAUGACUACUAGAGGUGUUUCCUGGGGCAGUUUAGUGUGCAGAACUGCCAUUCAGUGUCUCCACCCUCUGCAUGGAGACACUGAACUUUCCUCAUAGAGAUGCAUUGAUUCAAUGCAUCUAUAUGAGGAGAUGCUGAUUGGCCAGGGGUAUGUUUGGCUUCUGCUGGCUCUGCCUCCUAGACAAGCCCAGCCAAUCCAAUGUGCAAGCAUUGUGAUUGGCUCAGAGAAUCACUUCUGAUGAUGUCAGACAAGCAGGCAGAUCAGGGGCAGAGCCAGCAGCAGCAGACUGGAGUAAAGGUAAGAUUUUGCUAUAUUUAGGGGGAAGCCAGGGGGGCUAGAUGGUGGUUUUAACACUAUAGGGCCAGUAAUAUAUGUGUGUUGAUAGAUAGAUAGAUAGAUAGAUAGAUAGAGCCUUCCCUGAGUUUUGAGAAAUAUUGUCUAAAGAAGGACAGAGUCUUAAAGAUUAGAAAUGGAAAUAUUAAACACAAUAUGAAAGUGAGGCAAAUUGAGGCAGAUUAGGAGGAGAAAGAAAAAGAAUAGAAGAGGGGGGUCUUCCCAUAGCCCUUGGGAAGACACCAAUGGUAUCUGUUUUGUGGUCUGGUUACUGGAGGAGAAUAAUGUCCUAUUAAUGCUACUUGGAAAGUCAUCCAGAUAUCAAAAUUAAGUCCUAAGUGUGGGGAAUCAUGACCGGAGAACUCCUUAUAAGAUGACGGGGUAUAGAAAAGCUGUGUUUUUGUUAUCCAACACAGUUUUAAAAUGAUUUGUUUUUUCCUUACUAAGAAAAUGCAUUUUUUUUUUAAAUGAUACCUUUGCCUUACCAAUGUUAAUUUGUUUUUCCUAUUUUAAUGUGGCAUGUACACUUAUAUUGUAGAUUAGGGGAAGAUGAUUACAUCUUUGAAGCCAACAUGGCCAAUGGAGGAUGUGAAGUCCAUCGCUUUGAUCCAAGCAUUACAUCUGCUCACAUCCAUGAAGGGGAACGACUUUGGCACCAUCGCCUCUCUGUUGACUGGAGGGAUCCCAACCCUGCUAUUGCUACACAUAAACUACACAGCAAUACUAAAAAAUUAGGCACCAUUAUCAAUGAGUUUGGUCACUGGAAGGUAAGAGUUGUUUGAGUGUUUUAUUGAAGACGUUUUUAUUGAAUUAUUUGCCAUGGAAGAUAUUUUUUUAUUUCCAUUUGUUGAUCUUCUAAUGUUGCUCAGACUCCAAACUUGCAAACAUAUUUGACAUAGUAUCGUAAAAAAAAAUCUGCUUCAUAGCUCCAACCCUCCUCAUUGAUGGUUUUCAGCAGGUACAAAAUGUAUUGGAACCAUGGAUUGCUUUAUUUCAUAUUCUUAACGGGCUAUAUUUUCUGUUUGUGAUAUGAAUGUGGAAAUGUGGAGCCUCGCUGCUCAUGCACAAAGUGUAAUUAGUCACUUGAAUUGGUAAUUACUGAGAAGGUGUAAAAUCUAUCCCUGAAUGACCCUUAAUCCAUUCAGGAUAAUAAAACAUUUUAAUAAAUAUGUCAGACUGUACUUUAAAUUGGGUAUAUCCCUGAACAUAUUACAAGAAGAUAUUUACCUGUGGACUACGUAUGUCUCCUUCAAUAUGGAUGCUGGAAAUGAAGUGGUAGUGCAUGAAGAAUUUCCAGCAGCCGUCUUUGUGGGCUUUCAUGUGCUGAGAAUCUUGGGGGAUCCUCAGGAAUGCUAUGCAAAAUAACCAAGUCUAUAUAUUUCUUAGCUAUUAAGCACAUUUAAUGUUUAAUGUAUAAAUAAAAUUAGGAUCGCUACAAACUGGACUUAAAGGACAACUGUCAUCAAAUUUCUAUUAUUUGUUUUUUCAAAGUGUAUUAAAUUUUGGCUGGGCAGAGCUUGACUGCCAUGCUGGACAGUUGCACAUCUUCUGAGCUCAUCACAACAGAUUAAAUGUAAUACUAUUUUGAGGCCAUUCACCCCACUUAUGCAGGCAUUCUGUCUACUAAUCUCACAAAGCAACACUGUGGGAAAGCGUUUUGGUGGCAAAUCUGAACACGCUGAAAGUUUUCCUGAUAGGUGGAUUUUGUGGCCUAUUCAAGGCCCUUGUGGUGACACAGGUGGGAAAGGUGGUCGAUCUCUCCACUAUUAGCCAAGCAGCAUAUAGAAGCCUCUAAUCCAUACCCUCCCCCACUUCCGGUGAGCCAUGCUGUAGCUCCUCAACACUCCCCUACUCUUCAAUACUGUGUUCUUUGCUGAUUUUUGGAAGAAGAUCCACCAUUGCAUACAGCGUCCCAAACACCAGCGACAGACCCCCAUCUUACCUUUGUGUCCAAUACAGCCUGUAAUCGAUGUACUUGCUGCAUCUCCUCAAGGAGAUGAGUCCCUUAAUUUUCUCACUUGUGUUGCCAAUUGUCCUCUCCUUGCUCUUCUACAUUGCUUAUUUGUGUUAUUCUUUAUUAAUAAAAAUCAAGUUACUUUUCCUAGGUGAACAGUGUGACUGGCUUGUUUCCCAUGGUGUAAGGUGCAUAGUGUAGGAGUCGGACCCACUGAUAUUGGGGUUCUUCCACUGAUAUUGGGGUUCUUUGACAUAGUGGUGGGCUUAACAUGACAUGAGCCGUAUGGUGUAACUGAAAAAUGUAUUUAUGUUUUUGUGUGUACACUGUUCCUUAAAGGACCACUAUAGUGCCAGGAAAACAUACUAGUUUUCCUGGCUCUAUAUGGUCCUUGGGUCCCCCUCACCCUCUGGGCCCCCCUCCCGCCGGGCUCUAGGGGGAGGAAGGGGUUAAUCCCUUCAAUCCCCUGUCAAUGAGACAGCCACUAGAGGCUGGAUUAACCCAUUUGUAAACAUAGCAGUUUCUCUGAAACUGCUAUGUUUACAGCUGCAGGGUUACCACUAGAUGGACAUUGAGCUGAAGUGUUCUGGGUGCCUAGAGUGGUCCUUUAAGUGUAUUUUGUAUAGAUUUUGGUAUUUUACUGUUGCGAGUGUGCUUCCAAUUCUCCUUGUUUCACGGUGCAAGAGAGCCAAGAGGAGCAUUGAAAACACAAGGCGUAAAUGCUAUCCUCAGCUCCCUCAUGGGUUACCAGGGCUGUAUUUACCUUCUUUAUUGACCCCCUUAAUGCCCCUGUUUAUAUAUAAAUAUAUAUAUAUACUGUUUUUAAUCAGUUGAACAAAGAGCUUUUUGUAGGAAGAAAUGGGAACUUAUGCUAAAAGAAAAUAUGUUGUGUUUGGGGGGAUUAGGAAGACAAAUAUUUUCAGGGGUAAGGUUAGAUAAAAAAAAAUUUAAACCAAUUGCCGUUGCUUUUUAACAUAAGCUUUUUAAUUUGAACAUUAAAUUCCUUAGUAAUCACAAAGGGCUGUAUUUACCGUAAAGAAUUUUUAGGGCACACUGGUAAUUUAGAGUGAUUGCCAAACCAAACAGCAUCCUAGUUGAUUCUGAUUUGCCAUGAUGGAGAGAAAUGUUCUGUGUAGUUAUUCCCAGUUCUGUUACAUAGUUACAUAGUUACAUAGCUGAAAAGAGACUUGCGUCCAUCAAGUUCAGCCUUCCUCACAUUUGUUUUUUUGCUGUUGAUCCAAAAGAAGGCAAAAAAACCCAGUUUGAAACACAAUUUUGCAACAAGCUAGGAAAAAAAUUCAUUCUUGACCCCAGAAUGGCAGUCAGAUUUAUCCUUGGAUCAAGCAGUUAUUACCCUACAUUGAAAGAUUAUACCCUUAAAUAUUCUGUUUUUGCAAGUAUGCAUCUAGUAGCUGUUUGAACAUCUGUAUGGACUCUGAUAAAACCACUUCUUCAGGCAGAGAAUUCCACAUCCUGAUUGUUCUUACAGUAAAAAAAACUUUCCUUUGCCUUAGACGAAAUCUUCUUUCUUUCAGUCUAAAACAUGGCCUCGUGUUCUAUGUAAAGUCCGGUUUGUGAAUAGAUUUCCACACAAUGGUUUGUAUUGGCCCUGAAUAUAUUUGUAUAAUGUUAUCAUAUCCCCUCUCAGGCGACGUUUUUCUAAACUAAAUAGGUUUAAAUUUGUUAACCUUUCUUCAUAGCUGAUAUGUUCCAUUCCUUUUAUUAAUUUUGUAGCCCGCCUCUGCACUUUUUCUAGUGCCAUAAUAUCCUUCUUUAGAACAGGUGCCCAAAAUUGCACAGCAUAUUCAAUAUAUCUUACCAGUGAUUUAUAAAGAGGCAAAAUGAUAUUCUCGUCCCGAGAAUGAAUGCCCUUUUUCAUGCAUGACAAUACCUUACUGGCCUUGGCCACUGCUGAUUGACAUUGCACAUUGUUGCAUAGUUUGUUGUCUAUAACAAUUCCCAAGUCCUUUUCGUGUGUUGUUAUCCCUAAUUCGCUUCCAUUAAGGGUAUACUUUGCUUGUGUAUUCUUUACGCCGAAGUGCAUAACUUUGCAUUUUUCAACAUUAAAUUUCAUCUGCCAAAUGAGUGCCCAGUCCCCCAGUCUAUCUAAAUCCCUCUGCAGCAAAGUAAUAUCUUGCUCACAUUGUAUUAUUUUACAAAGUUUUGUAUCAUCUGCAAACACUGAAACAUGACUUUCAAUGCUGUCUUCAAGAUAAUUUAUUAACAUGUUAAAUAGAAGGGGUCCCAGAACAGACCCCUGAGGGACACCACUUGACACCUCUGUCCAGCUUGAAAAUUUACCAUUAAUGACAACUCUUUGUACUCUGUUUUUAAGCUAAGUUCUACCCAAGAACAAGCAUUUUCACCUAGACCGAUUUCCUUGAGUUUGAACACUAAUCUAUUGUGUGGAACUGUAUCAAAUGCCUUGGCAAAAUCUAAAUAGAUCACACAGAUCAGUUUCGCACCGGGGCCCCAUGGAUUGUGUGUACGCCACUGCAUAUGUCUGUGUGUAUGGAUGUUUGUAUGCAUGUAUGUCAGUAUGUCUGUAUAAAUGCAUGUAUAUCAGUCUGAAUGUAUGUAUGUAUGUCUGUAUGCCAUUAUGAAUGUAUUUAUGUAUGUAUGUAUGUAUGUAUGGAUGUCAGUAUCUGUAUGUCUGUCAGUAUGUGUGUAUGUAUGUAUGUGUGUAUGUAUGUCCGUGUUUGUAUGUAUGUGUCUUUAUGUCCUCUUGCAUGUGUGUCUGUAUGUAUGUUAGUAUGUGUCUUUCAGUCACUAUGUAUUCCUGUGUGUCUCUAUAUGUGUGUAUGUCUCAGUAUGUGUGUGUCAGUAUGUAUGCCUGUAUGCGUGUAUGUCUGUUUCAGUAUGUGUGUCUAUUAGUAUGUAUCUGUGUCCUUUUGUAUCAGUGAGUGUGUUUGUGUCUGUGUGUGUAUUCCUGUGGGCGGUAUUUGGAGGCGGACCCUGUGGGCGGUAUUUGGAGGGGGCCCCAGACCCUCAGCUGAGUUAGGGCCCCAAAAUUUCUGUUGGCGGCCCUGUUUUGGUAUAGUUUGAUUGUUUGUGUAAACUGUAAAAUAGUCUGUAAAACCAAUGCUUCCCAUUCCACUUAUUAAGACAGCUGCAGAGGUCUGGCAGGAAAUGUUUUCUGACCUUUUUUUGCAUAGGUAUGUUUACAGCAUAUUUGUUUUCUGAGGAGUUUGUGAAUAUUUUAAUGGCACAUGUCAGGAACAAUAAAUCUUAAUGCAAUGUAUAGAUUGUGGGCUAAAUAAUUAGCUGUAUUUUUUGCAAUUUGGUUUUAUCAUUUUUAAUGUAGAUUUGUAUUAAUGUUCUAAAUAGAUCACGGUAGAGGUACAGGUAUGAACAAACAUACUAAUACAGAAUUGACAAUAGUGCAUGAGAUAAAAUAAGGUAUUCUCUGUAUAUAGCAUGAUAGUUAUUGUUUUCUAUACUAUUUAAUAUUUAGUGACUGGGCAGUGUUUCAAUCCAAUGGAAAGUGCCACCUCUCGCAGUGUCUUCUGUUGUCAACACUGAAGGGAAUAAUGUUCUAGAAUAUAAAUGUAUCCCUCUAGGGGGAGCAACUGUCACAUACAGAAUAUCCAGAUCUGAGCAAAAGUUUCAGAGUACUGAGGAAACUGUUAAAGUAAAAAAGAGAACCGAGAAAAGAGAAAGGCAGAAGAAAGAGAAAAAGUGGAAGAAAUUAGGAAUUGGAGGAAGGGGGUCAAAUUAAGCAAAUUGAGGUUAGCAAAUUGAUCAAUUGCUCCAUGAAUAGGAUCAAGCAUACAGCAAUACUCUGAUCUGCCACACCAUUAAAACCACUGACAGGUGAAGUGAAUAACAUUGAUUAUAUCAUUACAAUGGCACCUGUCAAAGGGAUAUAUUAGGCAGCAAGUGAACAGUCAGUUCUUGAAUUUCAGGUGUUGGAAGCAAAACAAAAUGGGCAAGCCAAAAUAUCUGAAUGAUUUUGACAAGGAACAAAGAGUGAUGAGAUGUUCCCAGUAUACAGUGGUUAGUUUCUACCAAACAUGGUGCAAGGAAGGAUUACUGGUGAACCGGUGUCAGAGUCCUGGAUGCCCAAUGUUUUUUGAUACAAGUGGGGAGUGAAGGCUAGCCUGUCUGGUCCAAUCACACAGAUGAGCUAUUGUAUAGUAAAAUCUUACCUUUAUUCCAGUCUGCUUCUGUUGGCUCUGCCAUGAUCUACCUCCUUGGCUGACAUCAUCAGAAGCUGGGAUCUUAGCCAAUCACAAUGCUUUAACAUUGGGUUUACUGAGACUAUCAAGGAGGCACAUCAGGGGCAGAGUGAGCAAAAGCCAAAUACAGCCCUGGCCAAUAAACAGCGUGAGGAAGUCCAGCAACGCUCUAGCACAGAAAAUCUGUGCUAGAGACACGGAAAGUGCCCUCUAGUGGCUGUCUAGUAGACAGCCACUAGAGGUGGAGUUAACCCUGCAAGGUAAUUAUUGCAAUUUAUAAAAAACUGCAAUAAUUACACUUGCAGGGUUAAGGGUAGUGGGAGCUGGCACCCAGACCACUCCAAUGGGCAGAAGUGGUCUGGGUGCCUGGAGUGUCCCUUUAAGCAUUUGUUUCUUUUCAAAUAAUUGUGAAAAAAUGAUCAUAGUAGUGGCAUAAAAAUGUCUGGUAAACACAAUAUUAUAAAAAUAUUGAUGUAACUGAAACUGGGAAUGGUAGGUGGCUCAAGGCAGGGUAUGAAAUUUUAAUUGUACAAUAUAAGCACUUACUAGAGGCAUAAAAGUAAUUUGACUUUUAAUGAAAUUGCUGUAAAAUUGUGCAAUUUUCUGAAGCAAAGUAGAUAAUAUAAUAUGUAAUAAUUAUUCAGCCAGAAUUAACUGUUUCCAACUGAGGAGGAUAUGAAUAAUAAUUUCCAUAUGUUUUGUAAUAGGUCCAAUAAAUUAAUGCAAAUCAUAUUAAUGUUUGCUUUUCGCAUUUAAGCAUUCAAAUGUGUGGUAUUAAGAACAUAACAGAAAUACAGAACUUAAUCCUUAAGGAUGAAUGCUAUUGUCCAACUUCUAAACCAAAACCAGGAACUAGAGAAGUAGUUAACCCGGCAAUGUAAUUAUUGCAACUUCUCAGAAACUGCAAUAAUUAGCUUUGCAGGGGACAGGGGCUGUUAGGCUUUAAACUUGUACAGGGUCUGUAACCCUUACGCUGCAAUGGACUUAUGCUGGUAACACAUCCUACUUUCCUUAAUCUUUGUAUAUUUUCACUGCAGAGAACAAUUAAUGUACAAUUAAAGCAGACCAGUCAUUAUGAAGUUUAAGAAAGAAGUGCUCUUUUUUAAUGUGGGUAUAGCGUAUACAUGAAACAAAGACAGUUUUAAUAGGGGUGUAUUUCUUAUAUAACAUUACGUAUUACGUUAUUCUACUGCACAUGUCUAGCACGUCUUCUCGAAACUCUGCAGGGUUAUCGUGUGAGAGAAAAAAGGGAGUAUGUGUGCUUGCAGGAUAGCAGACAGGGGAUAGAAUUCUUGCUUUUAACCCCUGCAGACGUGGAAAGAGUUAACUAAGACAAAAACUGAUGUACAUGACAGUCUUUGAUUUAGAAACCCAAUAAAAAUUUUCAGGUGGUUAGAGAGAAUGUUAUGUUUUCCAACAGCAGGAUGUUUAUACACUAUAUAGGAAACUAGUGUCAGGCCCUCAACAGAAAAAAUAUAGUAUGUUUAAAGAAUGCCAGUUUAACCCUUUUAAAGCAUGAGUAUCUUGUAUUAUACUCAGGCUUACUGACCAUUCAAUCUUCCAAGCCCUGUAUAUAGUAUAUACUUUUAGCUAGUAAUAAGAAAUACAGAAGUAGAAAGCAGGACAUGAGACUGACACCCUGUAACAUAUUAUGUAUAGCUCUGUAUGUGUAGGGGAAUAUUCACUAAGCAUUUCAUAGGUUAAACAAUUCAUUCUUCAUCAGGGGCACUGCACCCAAACCACUUCAAUGAGAGGAAAUGUUCUGGGUGCCUAUAGUGUCCCUUUAAUCCUACACUAUCCCUGUCCCUAAAAUAGCAUUAACCCUUACCAGACAAUAACCCAUAAAGUUAACACUAAUACUGACACUAGCUAAAACUAACAAACCCUAACAUUAAAAGACCACUAUAGGCACCAGACCACUUCAGCUCAAUUAAGUGAUCUGGGUGCCACAUCCCUCUAGUUUUAACCCUGCAACUGAAAACAUAGCAGCCUCUUGUGGCUGUCUCACUGACAGCCGCUUCCACGAUUCUCACUGUGAAAAUCACAGUGAGAAAACACUGGACGUCCAUAGGGGAGUAAUGCUUUCAUAUGGGCUGUUUGAAUGCGCGAGGGAGCCCGGAACUGGAGAAAGGUAAGUGGCUGAAGGGGUUUUAACCCCUUCAGCCCAGCAGGAGGGGGGCCCUGAGGGUGGGGGGGCCAAAUGACCCUAUAGUGCCAGGAAAACGAGUUUGUUUUCCUGGCACUAUAGUGCUCCUUUAAGGGAUUCCCUCUGAUAAUGGCAGUACUAACAUCAGCAAAGGCAUUUCCUAGCUAAAACAGAGCGGUUUCUGAGCUCGAUCUGAUGGAUGAUUAAAGCGUGAUAGGUAUAUCAGAUAUAUGAGUAUAUCAUAUGCUACAGCUCCAGAAUGCUGUUUCUGACGAUCACAAAUGCCAGGACAGGGCAAGCUGAAUUUGGAAAAGCUUAAAAUCAUCAUGAUGUUAAGGGCUCUGCAUACAGCUAAGACAGUGUGAGACCACUAAAUAUGGCCUCAGCUGACAUAGGGGUUUCCCAGGUAUCGAUUGAUACCUGGAUUUACCAGGUGUGAGCAGGGCUUUACCCUGUUGACACCAAAACUUUAGGAUGUUCCAUGUUGUCCGAACAACCUUAAAACCCACCCACAUUCAGUGCUACUUUGUGUAGACUACAGAGAUUCUAUUUGUGUUUUAACUAUAUACAUUGUGUUCACAAAUAGCUGCACUGGUUCAUAGAAAGCUGUUCUGCAGUUUAUGGGAGACAUUUAGUUAUCAGCUUUCUACAAAACAGGCUUAUAUUAGAUUGAGCAAAACUCUAUGGCUCAUAUUAUCCUGAGCAAAUUCAUGUUUUACUGAAUUAUACUAAACUGAAGAAUUCACAGUUUCAGCAGAAAUCUGACAGUUCCUAUAUAUAACAUUAUGUAUAUCACUAUCUGGAGAUGUCCCUGAGUGUCCCUUUUAGCGGUCCUUAAUUACAUUUUUAAAGCUGGUUGUGAAGUCCGUUUUUUCUGAUAUUAUUUGAAAUAUUUAUUUUAUUGUUUUUGAUUGACAGUGUUGUAUUCUCUGGCUAGUGUGGCUGUAAGGAGAGACUCACAGGUCUCAUUUUUUUUUUUUUUAUUCUCUUGCUGCUUGUACAAUUCUGAAAUAGUAGGCUGGCCAAUUAGGUGUGUAAUUGGCAAAGCAUCAUGCUUCAGUGAACAGGAAAAUAAAGAAGAAUGAGAGUUUAAAAAAAAAAAAAAAAGCAGUUAGAUUGUAGAGGAAGCCCACUAAAUGGCAUAGACAUCUGUGCAACAGGACUGUUGGAGAGCGCAGUUAGGGGAAGAAGAACAGUCAAAAUGACAUGUCCUUGGCAGUGUUACCGUACCUAUGUAUUCUAUUUAAGAAUGAUACAUUGAUAGUUACAAGGCAGGGAUCUGCGGUGUGUGUAGCACUGCCAGCCUGCAGGUGGUAAAACUGAUAAACUAACACAAGAUAAGUGGAAAAAUAAAAUAGGAAAGAAUACGAAAAAUAUAAUCAUAGGUAACAGAACAGUUGUAUUGAACAUGAUCAAGCUAAACAAAUAAGCAAUAGGAGAUUCUGAGGAAGCAAAUUGCGAAAUCUUGGAUAAACCCCAGGUUUGGGGAGUGUUCUUAUACUGUUCAGCAGGUACAGGAUUUAGGAGGGUGGGUGGGAGGCCAAGUGAGCUAAAGAACAGCAUCUCUUAAUUUGACAAUAUUAACCAUGGAGCCAUUAUGCUGCACAUGUAAGAAGUUUGUAAUACCCCACUUAUAAAGGUGAGCAGUUGUAGUGAUUACCACCAGAGGAGAGUGCUCCUACUUAAAGGGACAAACCACUGCCCAAAUACAAAUAAACAAGUCACUGUUUAGUAGAUAUACCCUAAAUGAAAACUUGCAUGCAUUUAAUUAUGUAUUUUUUCAUUGGGAAUAUACCUACAAUCAGCUUGCAAAACCUGCAGUUCUCUUGUCUGCUGUGUUUGCAAACUCUCCCCUUCUAACCCCGCCCAGACAUUUUGUGUCUGUCCAAUCACAGACUUCCCAAUACAGCUCAGUGAGAAGUCUUUGUAAGGCAGGUGCUCUGAGCAGUUGCCGUCUCUUGAGGUCAGCUGCAUUGGGCUAACAAUACCAGGAAGUAGCAUUACCUGGUGUCUGCUUGAAAGCCAGGGGGGUGUAACCAGGUUAACUUAUAAAAGUGCCAAUUUCUAUUGAAAUAUGUACUUUUUGCAAAAUGAAAAAAGAGGACACACUCAUCACACACAAUACUUUUUAGCAAGCUAAAGUUGUUUUUGGGUCUGAAGUGACUCUUUAAGUGAGCAAAGAAAGUCAGGUACCCUCAAACUGAGAUGACAGUUUUCCUUUUUUUCUUUGCAGUCCCAGGUUGCUGAGGGAGGUACUCAUGGAAGCUUAGACAAACUGAACACGCUGUCUAGCUGUAUGGCCUUGGCAAUAAGUCUGCUAGGAGUCUGUGGCAAAGGUGUGGAUGUUCUUCAUCCAGAUCAUUAUACAACAUUUAUUUCCCUAUGUGUAUCUUUGAGGUCAUGCAGAUGGAGAGAUAUGAUCUGGUGGUUUUGGUGAAACUCUUGCACUAUACCUUCCUAAAAAAACGGCUUACUCCACAUGUGCCCCAAGAUCCACCUCAGCAUUAGUGAGCUGUCUAGAAUAUUUUUUCCCACCUCACUACAUGUCCUGGUGUAACUUAUAGAACAAAGUCUCAAUUACCAGGCUACUUAGAGUUCUUUCUGGCGUUUGUUAUUUUGCUUUGCGACCCAUUUCAACCCAGUAAUAAAAGUGAGUCCCAGUCUCAAUUCCUGCCUCUUUGUUUUUGUGCACAAUUUUAAGUUUAUUUACCAAAUGAGUAUACUUAAAAUAAAAUAAAAAGUGGUUUAAACCAGCAAGACUUCUCUCAAUAUAAGCCACCUUAACACUCUUGCUGGAUUAUUUUCUAUCAGGUUCUAUUACCUUAUCAAUAACCAUUAAUAUUUUAUAAAAUACAUUUCAGGAGUCUGUAUACGUUCAAUAAACUGAAUUACAUUUUGGAAUUCAUGAGUGUAAUGAGAUCUCAAUAUAUUGUCCUAAUCUUUCUAGCUGUAGUGAGCCAAGGGCUUUAUGGACACCCUCCAGAUCUUUGAGAUGGAGGUUUAGUUUGUAAUUUUAUCAGGUAGUGGGGUACAGGUGAAAGGACAUUAACUAAUUACUUUUGAGGUGACAUCACUGUGACAUUGUUAUUCUUUUCCUAUGUAUGAAGCGCGCAUCUGAACCUCAAUUUGUCUCGGUGGUUGUUUGUAGAUAAGCACACACUGAAGGCUACUAGCCUUAUUCAGUUAUCGCAGAUAGGAAUAUACUGCAGUUUAAUGGGUUGGUUGGUUUCUAGUUAAAUAAUUGUUCCAAUUCUAAUUACUUCGUCUAAAAUUUCAAACUAAAAUUACAUUUUUUUUUAUUUGGAUACAUCUUGGAAUGUGAAUAUAUCCCACCACUGGUGUAUAAGUGGAGCGCUUUAGAUUUGAAACGUACCCCUAUGGGUUAACACAGUUUUCAUUUUUAAACAAUUUGUUUCAAUAUAUGAAUCUGUAACAAUAAAGCUAACAUAGUGCAAUAUUGUAGUGACUGCAUGUUAGUUUUAUUGUUACAGUUUCAUAUAUUGAAACAAAUUGUUUAAAAAUGAAAAACUGUGUUAACCCAUAGGGGUAAGUUUCAAAUCUAAAGCACUCCACUUAUACACCAGUGGUGGGAUAUAUUCACUUUUCACUUCUGUGUGCACCUUUUCUAUACUAAUUUGUAAGGGAGAGAGUCCCUAUAUUUGUGUGGUAGCUGUUAAACCAAUUUAUAAUAUCAAAAAUAUUUUCCAAAGUGGCUACUUUUUGCACACUUACAUUUGUUUAAUUUCAACCUCUUGGAAUGUAUUAUCUUACACUAUUUUAUUUUGUUAAUGUAUUUCUGUACUCCUCUUUUUUUUCAGAUUGAUAUUCUGAAAGCAGACAUGGAGAGUGCAGAGUGGAAGAUCUUGGAGAAUCUGAUUUUAGAAGGCAUUGUGGAUCAAAUAGGACAAUUAGUAGUGGAAAUCCACCUUCACUGGCCAGGCUUUGAAGUCAGCGGGAAUGACAGCAGUGUGGUUAGAUAUUGGUAUAGCCUUUUUAAAGAACUAGAACGAAAGAGCUUCAAGCUCUUUUACACUUACAAAGACUUAAAUAAACCACAAAUGUUGCUGAAAAAGGAAAUCUUCAAUGCAAGUAGUAGCUAUAUCCUAAGCUGGGUAAAUACGAAGUGGACGUGAUACAAACACAAGGACAUAUAGUGCUUUGAAGCAACUUACCUUCUAAUGCAGUCUAUUUCUUUAUGAGAGGUUUAUGAUGGCAAAACUAAAAGGUAUUGUGUACCUAGUGAAAGUGUUAUAUCUUAAUAAGGGAUACAGGAUGCUAGGAAAUGUUUUGUUCCUGGUACACAAAAUGGGAAAUGGGAAUUCAAUAUAUUAUUGAACGGAUGCUCGAAGAAAGGAGGUUAGUGCCUCCACCCAGAAUCCCUGGAGCAAUAAGUCCACCUCCUGCAUCACAAGCAUCAUAGAAGGACGUUUCCUCUUCCCCUACACAUGUACAGUGUAUACUUGCUGGGCAUGUGAAUGCAGUACAAAUCAACAUCACGAGGAGUAUAGGGGACAUUUUAGCAUACCUAAUGACAACAGUUUGAUGGUUAAGGUUAGCUGACAAUUGUAAGCUACCUUAUUGACCAGGUCUGGGCAAACAGUAGAUCAAUAGAUCACCAGAUGUUCGAGAACGUCAUCUGCAAUGAUGCUUGGCAAAGCAUCAUGGAAGUUGUAGUUCUACAACAUCUGGGGAUCUACCAUUUCCCUCCAACCCUAUUCUAGACUGUUUAGAGUUCACUGCACGAAGAUGCAAUUGCUGGGGAGAUGCAGGAACCAAAGGAAUGUAAUUCUUUCUUCAUCUUUUUAUUUUUCCUUUUUUGUUUAAUAUAUUUUCUUUUUAUUGUAAUGCAUUAUGAAAACUGUGUAUCACCUCCACCCAGGAGUGUCACUUUAUUUAUUUUUUAUUAUGCUAUAGUGAUUUAUGGGGGUAAACAAAUAGAGGUGAUAAUCUGCUUCAACUAAAUUUCUAUGAAAUGUUAUAAUGCCAGAUAUUUUGAUGUAUUUUUUAUGUUAUGUAUAGGAAAGCUGCAACAUAUUAAGGGGAUGCGAAUAUUGAUAAUACAUAUUUGUGAGUUUCACAAGUUAAAUCAGUCAUUUAACUGCAAAAUACUCUUUUAAAUAAGGCAAAUAAACCAAUGGCUUGUUUGGAAUCGACCACAUUUAAAAAGAAUAGGCUGAGAAAUUCUGUCUCCAUUUUGAUCGGCAAGGAUAUUUUGUUAAAAGCAACACAACUGGAUUGUGUUUAAGGUAAUUCCAUUGUUUUAUAUUGAAGUAUUUAUUUAAGGUCAGUCCAUGUGCCUGUCAAAUGUAAUGUGUUAAAAUAAUAGGCUGGACCAUUUGACAAGUAAGAUAUAAUUAAAUGUAUUUUUUAAAAUCACCAUUUUGUUUGCACAAAAAAAAAAAAAAAUCCCAAAUGAACAAUCACAGACAAGGACAAAACAAUAAAUAAUGGUAUCAGGUGGUCUAUGGUGACAGCUGUGAUAUGUACAUACGUUUAAUACAGUGACUUUGUCUCGCCUGAGAAUGCUUCAGAUAUGGAUCUUCACAUUGUACACAAUAAAUCUAUGGUGGAUCUGUACUCCGGACUUUGAUUUUUUUUAAUCAGUGCGCCACUGACAAGGUCAGGAUUUACAUAUUAAAGAAAAUUAAAAACUUAGCAUUAUGACAUUCCUUUAUAAUACUCAUCUCGAUAAAACGGGAAAAUGAAGUAACUCUAGAGUCCACAUUUCUGGCUGUAUGAAAGUAAGUUUCACUAGCCUAAUAAUUUUAGAGAAAUUGCAAUACUUCAAUAAAUGCUCUGCAAAUGGCAAAUAUGUAAGGAAGGGCUAUUUGUUGAAGUUUGAAUCAUCAGGAGUGCAAAGUGAAGUCCAAAUUUUAAGUCACAACAGCUGAACUGAACAAAAACAAACAAAAUCUCAUAGUCAACUAUAUUUUCAAUGUGUCUAUACUGGCUUAAAAUUCACUUUGAAUUCCAGACAAUUUAAACUCUAGUGAGUAACCCUGAAUGGUCACCUGGUAAACUGGGAAUUGUGGAAUUGCAUUUUUAAAGACAAAAC